CUCAGCCGCUGGCCGGAAGUUGCCAUUGUUCCCCGGUAAAUUUAAAUGUUCAUGUCUUUGGGCGGAGGGGAGUGAGUUUCUGAUCUCGGUGUAUUGAAUAGCAAUAAGUUCCCGGAGCCACACAGAGUAUUUCUGGCCGGUUGUACGGAGUGUGUUAGGAUAUUAUUAACUGUUACAAGGUCAGUAUUAUGUGCUGGUAAUGGCUCGCAGCGGACAACUGGCAGUCUGUGUGUAUUAUUAUACUGUAUAUUAUAUAUUUAUUGAAAUGUAUAUGCUGACAUCCUGAACAUCACUGACUUUUAAACAUGUGCCUUGUAUUACACAUAUGAGUUUUUCUUUACUAUAUUUCUAUGAUUUUUAGCAGUUCGAGGUCUUCAUGGUAAGUUGCCAGUUUCUCAGCAGUCAGUAGGGAUUUGAUUUUACCUGGUGCAGGUUAAAGGGGACUGUCACAUAAAGUGUGUGUACAUAGACUGUGAAUUUCUUGGUAGAUAUUUUUUAAACCUGCUACUUUGUUCACUACAGUAAAAGUUGCAAUAGCAUUUACUGAGGCGAGGGAACAAGGAACUGUCACUUCUUUGUAAGUGAUGGGGUGUUAUUCUUUUUUUUAUUUUUUUAUUAUUUAUUUAUUUUUUAAUAAUGCCUCUGUCAAAGGUUGACCCUUCCCCUUUUAUGGUCUCACAUUGGCUCUUGUUUCCUUUAUGUCCCUAUACUUAUAUUUUCCAAAAUUGAGGCAUUUCAUCUUUUUCCUCUCUGUCACAAUGUUCAGGACACUGGCAGUGACAGAUUGUGUCUCUGCCUUCGUUUGUCCUUUCCCUGUCCUGCAAUUCAAUUUCUAUUGAAGAAAAGUAAGGUUGGGGUGACAGUCGCGUUAACGUGGCAUACACGUGCAUUUAUUUGAUGGCACAUGAGUAGUAAUGGGCUAUUUAUACUUCAAGGCUUGUAACCAAAAAAUUUUAUUUAUUUUUUUUGGAUGGGUUAUGCUUCACGGAGGUAUCCCCAUCUUAUCUCUCACAUAAUCACUCUAUAGAGGCAGUUACUGGCAAACAUUGCUGCAGCUUUAUAGGGAUUUUUUUUAAUGUAAGGAAACAAAGUGUUGUAUUCCUUGCACUAUAGUUCCCUCUGACUGACUCCUCCACCCCUCUUAUCCACUCCUCAUCACAUAGGGAUUUAAAAUAAAAAAUAAAAAACAUUCUAGCACUGAUCACUUUCAGCGCUGGAUUGAGUGUUCCACCUCCUCUGACGUCAUCCGACAGGGGGGCGCAUAGGUGGCAAGCGCAUUAUUGCAUUCAUGCUUUCCUAUGGGGAUUUUACUGACGCCGGAUUUCUUCAUUCAGACCAUGAGGACGUCCAGCAUCAGUUAAGCGAUCAAAAGUAGGUUAGCCUCCGGGAAGUGCCUCUAGUGGCUGACAGCUGUCUCCAAAUACAUUGAAUAUAUCACAGACGUACAUGAUAUUUUCAGUAUAAAUUAUCAAGAUAAUCAAACCUCCAUUCCAUCACUACUUCAUAAGUUGUGUUGGUGUUAAUCUUCUUGUAACAUUCUCUCCUCCUGGACAUUUUUGCCCUGCUUGGGCUAUCUCAUCCUUGAUGCCAUGUUGGCUUCAUUGCCAGCAUGAUGAAGUUUAAAGGGACAUUUAUAGGCCCCAGACAACUUCAUCUCAUUAAAGUGGUCUGGGUGCAAUAUCCCCUUCACCUUAACCCUUUUGCAGGGUUAAGACUGACUCUCUAGUGGGGCUUCUUGUAGUUUCAUAGUUUUUUUUUUUUUUUUUUAGUUUUUUUAACGCUGUGAAAGGAGGCCUGAUGUCCUCAAUUUGUGCGCAAUUCUCACCUCACAUGCACAUUGGGUUCCUGGAUUGCGCUGACAUCAGAGGAGGAGGAGACUGAUCCAUAAGUGAAUAGGGUUUUUUAACCCUUCCAUGGCUGGGGGAGGAGGCCACAGAAGCAGGGGAACACUUUAGUUUUAGGAAUACAGUUUUGUAUUCCUAAAACCAUAGUGUUUAUCUAAACAAAGUAUUGUCAGUCACACAGCUAGCUAGCAGCGUCAGCUAGGGAGCUGGCAUAGCUACCACAGUGUAUGUGCAGUAGUUGCUAUAUAUUUUUAUAUAUUUUUUUAAAAAUAGGUUUUUGUCCCAAUCUAAGCCUGUGUUUGCAUACUUGCUAGCACAAUGUAUAGAUACUGUUAUAUGUAAUUGUUUUUUUUUUUUGAUUGAAGGAAAAACCUGAAUUUGCAUACUCUUGAAAUUUAAUAUUUUGAUUUUGUGAGCAUGUGUAUAUGGAUGUAUAUAUCACUAUAUAAACACAUAUGCUUCUUCAGAGAUUUGUUUGACCCCCAGCAUGUCUUUUGUCAUUCUCAGGAACACUGUGUUCAGCUUUAUUUGCUUGCUUGAUGUAUAAAAAUAGCUCAAAUAUGCUGUUACCCUCAGCAGAUCCUGUGAGUCUAUUUUGUCUAGCAAUGCUAUAUUACAGAGAUCUUUCAAUAUGUUGGUUGAUAAAGUGUAUUAAUAUGCAUACUAGAAACCUUAUAAGUUUUCUUAAAUGGAUUGUUUUCAUUAUUCCUUUUUUGAAGUCAAUGUAUUAUUGUAAAACCAUUACUGAAGAACUUAGGAAUGAGGGCUAAAAGUUAGUUUAAGCAAAAUUUUAAUUAGCCCCCCCACUAUCUAAUCACACAGUCCUAUUCUCACUUCACCUAUACCACGUCAGAUAUAUAUAUAUAUAUAUAUAUAUAUAUAUUUUUUUUUUUUUUUACUGAAAUCUAGAAAAUUUAGUCUAACCUAGCCAGGCUGUUAAAUUCCACUGUUAUUUUGACCAUAUUAAAGGAUCACUAUAUUGUCAGGAAAACAAAUUUUCCCAAAUAACCCUUAGUCCUGUCCCCUGCUGGGCUGAAGGGGGGGAGGGGGGAGGGGAGAGACCACUUACCAGAAUCCAGCGCCAGGCUCCCUCUGCGCUGGUGACCUUUCCUACCCCGCCGACUUCAGCUCCUGAGUGGAGCGUAAUGCGCAUGCGCGGCGAGAGCAGUCCAUAGGAAAGUAUUUCUCAAUGUUUUCCUAUGGACGUUCUGCAAGCUGAAUGCGAUUUUUCGCAUCGCAGAAGCGCCUCUAGUGGCGGUCAGGAAGAUAGCCACUAGAGGCUGGAUUAAAUCUGCAAUGUAAACAUAGCAGUUUCUCUGAACCUCAUGCUCAACCCUACCUUCUCUGAAACUGCUAUGUUUACAUCUGAAGGGUUAAAACCUGGGGGACCUGGCACCCAGACCACUUCCUUGAGCUGACGUGUUCUGGGUGACUAUAGUGUUACUUUAAAGUGGAAGAAAUGAUGGUGUUCUUUAUAGUAAAUUCCACUAUUUUUGAGACCGAAAGUAGUGGAAUGUUUCCACCACUAUAAAUUUGUCAGUGCGGAGAAAGUGGCUGAAAUAUUAAUAAAGCUGUUGCAUCAAUGAAAACUGGUGUACAUUUGAAGGGGACCUGUCAUGCCCCAAACAACUUAUGUCAUGACUUGACAAAUCCCAGGUCGCCAUGGCUACUAGAAAUUUUUCCUGGCACCUGGGAGUUUGCCAGCCCGUCCAGCCGGCCAAAGGAGAAUAGAGGCGGGUUUACGGACGGUCAAGGGCAAAUGGAGGCAGCAGUGGCGAGGGAGCAGUGAUCUUCUUGCUCUCUAACCUUGCACUUAGUGAUGCUAACAUAUGACAUUACUCUCGCAUCACUAAACAGCACGCAAAGAAGUAGAGCAUCAUUAAACAAUGAGGGAGUAAAGCAGAAAGGUGACUCUAGCUACACUGGACCACAGGGAAAGGAUCCACUUCAGCUUUCCCAAAGGUAGGGGGCUGGGUGGACAUAAAUUAAAAUAAACUGCAUAAUUUGUGUGUGUAUCACAGUAAGUUUGUCUGUUCGGAUGACCCUCCGAUCACAUGGGAAAGGUGCGGUGUCUAUAUGGGGAAUGUUCGGUGUCUCCAUGCAGGAUAUAAGUGCGGCACUUUCUGUACUGACAUAGGAAGCACCUUGAGUGGCUGUCUGAGUGACCGCCACUAGAGGUGUUCCUAAGCAGUAAUGUAAACACUGCCUUUUCCCUGAAAAGGCAGCCUUUAUAUCGCUGAGCCUGCAGUGACAGGCUAGACACCAGAAUCAGUCCAUUAAGUUGUAGUGGUUCUGGUUACUAUAGUGUCCCUUUUAAGAAUUGUAUUUGAUGUUGAAAAUAAAACCUGGCUACAAUUUUUUUUUUUUUUUUCAGCUGGCUCCUAGAUUCAAAGCAAACUUGUCAAGCCCUGACUUAUUUCCACUAGCUUGAGCAUAAGAUUUGAUCUAUAGAUAGUGCUAGCAAAUGUAUAAAUUAGGAGAAAAACCUGUUGUCGUUGUAAGGGUGGCAGUUCAUUAGGUGUUCUUGUUCUUUGGACCAUAUCUUCUCAGAUUCCACUUGCUAUUGACAAAGAAAGAAGUAACCUCUGUGACAAUGCCCUUUAUUGACAUCUCAUUGUUUUGAUCGGAUGUUUCUGUUACUGUUUAUUUUUUGCUGAUAUAUCGAGGUGCAGUAAAGAGAGAAUGCAUAUAUUCGCCUCCUGUCAUUAUUUCAGAUAUUGAUAGAAUAAGUCAAGACAUUUUUUGCAUUCUAUUCUGCUUACAUUUUUUUUUCUAGUGACGUAUAAUUUUAUGGUAUCAUUCAAAAAAGACUGUUGUGAGUCAACAAAUGUUUUAGAAAUCAUUUUUUUUGAAAAAAAAAAAAAAAAAAGUUUUCCACAAUCUUGGCCUCUAGCAUAUGUAAUAAACUAUUAGCAAUAUAUGGUUAGUAUGAAGUGAAAAGGAAUUAAAGCAGAUAUUGCCAUCCCUUAUGCCAUUUACCUAGAGUCAUCAUGGGUCUUGUUUUGGUUUGAGGCGUGAGACAAUACAUAUUAUUUUUUUUCCUGCUUUGAUUUAUGUAAAUGCAAAAGUGUAGUUUCUUUUAGAUUGUCCCUUGGAAACUUGUUUGGUCUGCUUUACUGUAACUUGAGUAAAAAUUAAAUUAAGCACUGCCGCUGUCUUAAUGCAUAUUGCCAAAAGUUCAUAUUAAAGCUAUGAUAACAGCACCUUUACAGCAAUAAAAUCACUCCUUCACUGCCAAAGCGAUGAACUGGUCUUUGUGUUUCUCUUUACUUGAUCACUUUCUUUAUCAAAAUCCGCCUCUGUCACCAUUUCCGUAAUUUGAGAGAAUUUAGACCGCUUGCUCAUUUUCUUUAACCCCUUAAGGACACGUGACAUGUCAUGAUUCCCUUUUAUUCCAGAAGUUUGGUCCUUAAGGGGUUAAAGAGUGAAAUAAAUAUGAAAUUGACAUCUGGAGUUUUUGUGUUUCCCUUCAUGUGAUUGUGCCAUUAACAUUUUUGUCUUUUUAGCUUGUAUUAUUUUGAAAUGAAUGUGAUGCUUUCUUUUUAUUUAUUGUUUAACUUUUUUGUUUUGUUAUAUAUGCAGGUCUUCGGGUCAACUUGUAAAACGGUCAUCAUGGCUGUUGAUGAUUAUGAAGAGUUACUAAAGUAUUAUGAUUUGCAUGAAACCAUUGGGACAGGUAAAUUACUAUAAUUACCAUGAACUGAACUAUAUAUGCCUAAGAAUGUAUGUAUGGCUUCAGAAUGUGAAUUUCAAAAUUUUAGGCCAUAGUAUAUUGGAAAACUUCACUGUAUUUUUAGUUUGAUGAUUUUAGACUAAGGUUUGAAUUCACUUCAGAAUUUUACACUAAGGGAACCCUUGUUCUGGCUGGCCAUUGAAAGCUGACAUUACACCUGUGGUAGCUAGCUACAAUAUCUUUUAGUUUCAAACUUUAAGUAGUCAUGGUGCUUGGAUUAAACACUUUGUGAUUUCAUGUCAGAUCACACUUGAGUGAAUAGUUAUAGUUAGCUGUUUUGUACAAUUCAAUCCAUAUCAAGAAAACAAAUACCUGUUUAGAUUUUACGUAAUGUAUUAUCUAUGAUUAUCCCUCCUGAAAAAUGAGUAUUUCAUAAAGAUGGAAUCUUUAUGAAAAACUCAUUAUGACUGGGUCCAGACAAGAGAUAUACAGAGACAAACCUGACUUUCUUUGACACAAGGCGGAGGUACAGAGUCAGUCUCUGCAGCCGUCAUACCUCUUAGACUUCAAUGCUGUACACUCUCAGCAGUGACGUCAGUGCCAAAGAGGACCCCAUCCGAUCAAGAUAGCGGCACAUGCGAGGGACAGGUUCAGGUAAGUAGACUCGACUUUACCUUAUGCUGACAAUGCCGCUUUAAGCAUUUAAACACAUGUGAAACAUUUUAUUUUAAUUUGUCCAGUCUGAAAUAUAAACCAUUAAAUGAAAACAGAAUCUCCACAAUAACACCCCACUAGUAUGAAUCCCUUUUUAAUACCACACAUGUAUUUUUUUUUUUUUUUAUUAAAGGGGCACUCUGAGCACCAAAACCACUAUUAGCUUAAAGGAACACUAUAGGGUCACAAAAAUGUAUUCCUGACCCUAUAGUGUGAAAACCACCAUCUAGCCCCCUGACCCCCUCUUGCCUCCCUAAAUAUAGUAAAAUCUUACUUGUAUUUUUAAGUUGCAGCUGCUGGCUCUGCCCCUGUUUGCCUGUGUCUGCUGACUUCAUCAGAAGUGGUGUUUUGAGCCAAUCACAAUGCUUCCCCAUAGCAUUGGCUGAGGCGGUCAAGGCGGGAGAUCAAGGGCAGAGCCAGCAGAAGUCAAACACAGUCCUGGCCAAUCAGCAUCUCAUAGAGAUUGAAUCAACGCAUCUCUAUGAGGAAAGUAAAGUGUCUGCAUGCAGAAGGAGGAGACACUGAAUGGCAGUGCUGCACACUGUGCAGCACUGCCCCCAGGAAGCACCUAUAGGAGCCAUCAGCAAUAAGGAGUGGCCAGUGGAGUUAUCACUAGGCUGUAAUGUAAACACUGCAUUUUCUCUGAAAAGACAGUGUUUACAGCAAAAAGCCUGAAGGUAAUGAUUCUACUCACCAGAACAAAUACAAUAAGCUGUAGUUGUUCUGGUGACUAUAGUGUCUCUUUACUGUGUUUAUUUAUAGAUCAUGCCCUUGCAGUCUCACGGCUCAACUCUGUGCGGAGUUAAAGCAAUUGUUUCUGCAGCCCUAGUCACACUUCCCUACACAUGAUCUGUAAAGAAAGAUCUCAUUUAUAAAUUUUCUGUACAGUGUGUUUGAUUUUUAGAAUUGCUUAUCUCCGAAAGAGCCUGUCAGAACAUACUGUGUGUGAUUGACAGUUAAAUUUACAGAGCAGGAGAUACAAAAAAAAAUCUAAAAACACUGUGCUGUUCUGAUUGAAAAUGGAAGCUGUGUAAAUCACAGCCAGUGGAGGUGUGAUUAGGGCUGAAUAAAUAAACAAAAGGGAUUGAACUUAUAAAUGACAGUGAGAUUGCUGGGGCAUGAUCUAUACACUAAAACUGCUUAAAAAGCUAAAGUUGUAUUGUUGCUUAGAGUAUCACUUUUUAAACAUUAAGCUGCUUCAACACACUCUUAAAAAUGUUCUUUCUUCAAUAUAGGUGGAUUUGCCAAAGUGAAACUUGCAACCCAUCUUCUUACAGGUGAAAAAGUAGCCAUUAAGAUAAUGGACAAAGAUGGUCUUGGGGUAAGAAAAAAAGAAAUUUAUAAAAAUGCACAACUAUCAUUUGCAGAAUGUCCUUACAGGUAUUGCUUUUAAGAAAAAAACGCAAAAAAAACUGUGCGGGUGUAUUUAAAGGCAAUUCAGUCAGCAAAGAAUGUUAAGGGAAUGCCCUCCAUGUGCCAGAUUUGACAAAAAUCAGCUUGUCUGUAAAACAAGGAUUGGUUAAAGGACCAUUAUAAUGCCAGGAAAACAUACUCGUUUUCCUGGCCCUAUAGUGCCCUGAGGGUGCCCCACCCUCAGGCUCCCCCUUCCGCCGGGCUCUUACCCCUUUCUCCAGCGCCGGGCAGGGAGCUCUCCUCCUUCUCUCCUCCUCCUCUUCGGCUGAAUGCGCAUGCGCGGCAGGAGCUGCGCGCGUAUUCAGCCAGUCCACAGGAAAGCAUUCACAAUGCUUUCCAAUGGACGCUGGCGUCUUCUCACUGUGAAAAUCACAGUGAGAAGCGCGGAAGCCCUCUAGUGGCUGUCAAUGAGACAGCCAUUAGAGGCUGGAUUAACCCAUUUAUAAACAUAGCAGUUUCUCUGAAACUGCUAUGUUUAUAGAAAAAAGGGUUCAACCUAGCUGGACCAGGCACCCAGACCACUUCAAGCUGAAGUGGUCUGGGUGCCUAUAGUGGUCCUUUAAAGAAUCCUUGAGGCUAAGAUGCUCCAUAGCUAUUUUCACACAUGUGCAGUUGCUUUCUUGUUUAGUUGUUGCAAGCAAAGGCUCAUUAUGAAAUGGAAAAAUGAUCCAAGUAGAAGCUAUGCCUCUUACCAACAGUUGGCUAGUCAAUAUGACAAAAUAGUCUCUACUUUGUCAUGUUUUGAUUGCAUCAUACUGUUCAACGGUCUGUGUAAUUUGGAAGUCUGAAUUGACAGUUCACACUACUCAAGUGUUCGAAAUGGAAAUGUAAUUUAUUAGAGCUACCUGGUUGACAAACAUAGAUGCACAGAAGUUCACUCCUCUUACUUUGACUUUUGUUGCCAAGUGUGUUAUAACAAUAAAUCACAAAUUUCUUCCUUUUUUUUUUUUUUUUGAUAGGAUGAUUUGCCACGUGUCAAAACAGAAAUCGAUGCUAUGAAGAACUUUAGUCACCAGCAUGUUUGCAGACUGUAUCAUGUGAUUGAAACACCCAAAAAAAUAUUCAUGAUCCUUGAGGUUAAUAUUCUUUAUCUCAACACUUGGGGUGUGAAGUGUUCUUCAGAAUCUUGAUAUUUUAUCAAUGAUUGCUCAGUAUAAACCUGUGGUCUAUGAUCUCAACUACACCUUAACCAGCCACUGCAAAACACAUGCAGAGUUAUUCACUAAAUUGAAAAUUAUUGGGAAAUCAAAGGACAUUUCAAAAUGUAAGCCAAAAAACAUGAACUAGAAGCCUAGCUGACUUUGAGAAAUUUUCCAUUUCAGCUAUUUUGGCCUUACAAUGUAAAUAAACCCACUUAGAAUUCCUGACAAUUCUCACAAUGAAUAAACAUAUUCAAGAACACUCUAAUUACUGGGUACAGAGAUGGACUCCUCACCGCAGCCCAAUCUGCUUACCAUGAAAUCAUCAUCAAUCUUGAUGACUUUUGUCCAAUCAGAUGCUUCUCAUAAAAUUGAGGAAACCUUGCUUAUUUGUUUCCAAUGAUUUUCUACAAAACCUGAAAAGAAUUGAAUCUGCUUUUGCCUAUAUGCUUGUAGAAACUGUAUGAGACGCCAUGUUGCUCACUUUGCUCCUUGAGGCUGAAUGACUCAGAUGUAGUAUAGCAGGAUCCAGGUGGAGAUUUAGGUAGUAAAUAACUUAUCAGUGUAAGUGACAAACUUAUUUAAGAAUGGAAGCCGGGUCCCCUCAUCCCUGAACCAUUUUGUCCAAGAAGAGAUGGAUAGCAUGUGACCGCUCUACUAAUAUUAAGUGAGGCAUAAAUAGGCACCAAGAUGUAAGGGGAGAGUGGGAGGAACUAGUUGCUCCAGUACAGAUAUUUAUUGGUAAAAUAGUGAGGUGUGAUUAUGUGGCGAAAGCACCAAACCAUAAGGGCAAUGGGAUUUUAAGCCAAUAUUUUAAUAUAGUUUGAAAAUGUACUGUUUGCUGUAUUCCUCCUUUAGACAGCUUUGUAACUUGUAUUUAACACCUUUUUGGUUUGUUUCAUUUAGUACUGCCCAGGUGGAGAAUUGUUUGACUACAUUAUUGCAAAAGAUCGUUUAUCUGAAGAAGAAGCCAGGGUGUUUUUUCGUCAGAUUGUUUCUGCUGUUGCCUAUAUUCACAGCCAGGGGUAUGCACACCGAGACCUUAAACCAGUAAGUGUUUCCAAAGCUGGGUUAUAUUUGAUUUAAAAAUAAGUCUCUGCUACAACUAAGCUAAUGGAGUUAUUCACUAAACUGUGACUUGUCAGGAAUUCAAGUUUCAUGCCAAACUAGAUGAACUACAAACGUGGUGAAGUUGGACAAAUCUUCAUGUUAUGCUACUGUGGGCUAAUAUUUCAGAUUCCCUACUGUGUGUUUGUGUUCCUGUUACAUUCACUUUAACUUGGAAAUCAAACUGAGAAUGAAUGGUGUGUUUCCUUUCUGUCAUCAACUGUCUGACACAUUUUGAUGUGCCAAUAAAUGCAUGUUUAUUUUUAUUUAAGGCAGGAAGCUGUUUGAGCCCAUCCCUAAACCGUUUUAGAACUAGCUACACCAAAUGUUUUUAUUUUGAAAUGUCUUAACAUUUAAAUAUCUGUUAUUUUACAUUUGUAAUCUCUUCCAUCUUUAGAAAAUUGUGUGCGUGCUCCCGCUUUAUCGCUGGAAUCUAAACACACGGGCAAACUAGAAGUGCUCCUUUUCUAAUGCGUUCAUCGGUUUUGUUUGUGACUUGCAUUAAAAAUUACUGUGACCGAGUUAGAAUGAACCUGUAAGUCAGGCCGUAUGGGAACAGAAUAGUAAAACACUGAAAAUGUAUGCUGUAGUAUUGAUAUUGGAAUGGGUUUAAAUGAGGUUGUCCUUUACUCUCGGAGCUCCUCCACUGCAUGCAGAUAAAGUGCUCUGCUCAGGAGACCAAGUUUUUGGCAUGUAGUGUCAGCCAUUGACAAAUGUCAUGACCAUUGCUUAAAGCUAGGUAGCUUUUAAUAUCAUUGCUUUAUGCUAUGCUAAUGUCUUUUCAUUUUCUGUUCUGCCAGGAAAAUCUUCUUAUUGAUGAAGAUCACAACCUGAAACUAAUAGAUUUUGGUCUUUGUGCAAAACCAAAGGUAUGUUCCUUCCACAUCUUUUGCAUAUCUGGUACAAAGUUUCACCAUUGUUAUCUGACGACUUGUAGUACAUACAGCACACACAAAAUAUCCUUAUCUCUCAAAAACGGUUAUGGUGGUGGAAAACUGUGAUUGAAAACCACUUCGAACUGGAAGUCAGUUGAUAGUGAAUACAUUGUUAAACACCGUUCUGGACACCAGUCAAGCCACAAGACUUGGUUUUCCCACAGAAAUCUCAAAUUUGCAGUGAUGUUACUACUGCAAAGGAUUCUGGGUAUGCUCAUUAGAUCAGCAAAGAAUCACAUUUUUGCCUCAUUCCAUUGUAAACAUGGAUUUUUCUAUUGCAUGGAAUGGAAAAUAAUAGUUAAAAAGCUAAGUAGUUUGAAGCAUAGUGAAAUCUUUGUUGAAUUAACUUAUUCAUGUAGCAAAUAAGUUUUUUAUUUUUUUUAUUUUUUUUAUUUUAUUUCCCUAGUCCAUUCAAAUGCAGCUGAAAUUCUAAGCUCCAACCUUUUCAGAGCAUUAUUUUAACCUCUUGCUCCCUCUAGUGUUUAAAUGUAACAAAUGCAUAUGUGCACUGUAAGUAUUCUUGACCUACUUAGUGUAUUUUAUUCAUUGCUCAAAAGCAGCCCUUGAACAUGAGCACCACCUACAGGUUCAAUUCUGUUCUACACGUUGCUUUUCGUAAAUAUUAUUCUCCCGAUUGCGAACAUGAUACUUACAUUUAAUGUUAACAUGUGUAUAAUGUGAAUUAAAGCAUGUCAAUCUAUUUUAUUCUUUCUGCAAGUGUUUUAAAAAAAAUAUAGUUUACUUUGUUUAAAAUGGCUGUGCCACUUCAAGUCUUAAAUGGUGUUAUAUCAAGGAAUUGGUUUUAUUGAAAUUCCAUCACACCAUGGAUAUAUAGACAAAGUAAGGACAACGCCUAAGUUGGCAAAAGUCUGUGCAUCAGUCUACAGUGUUAGUCAAUUCUCAUAGCCAUCUCUAGCAACAGCUGUGGAAAAGGUUUCAUCUGUGCAUUUGCAAGAGUAGCCUUGGAGAAUCUUGCAGGGUCUCCCUCAAUGUUCUACUCUAGCAUAUGCAUGAUUGUAUAGCAGUAUUAUGGUUCCUGGUGAAUGAAGCGCCUUAAGCUAAAGAAAGAAGAUGCGUGUAGAAAUGUCCCCUUCGUGGGUGUUUGCAAAGUAUGCAAAGAUUUCCAAAGGUGUCUUUAUCAGGCAAGUAAAGAAACUUGUGCACAAGGCUGUAUUUCCAAUGCCUUUGAUAGACCUAAAAUGAAGGAUACAGUUGUGUACCAUUUUGCUGCAUGCAACAAUUAAUACUUUAAAGGGCACCUAGUAUGAUACUUUCAAACUAUAUAUUUUAUGGAGCACACAAUUUCAUUUCUACAUUGUAUUAGCAAUGUAGAAACUGUAUGGAUUGGGAGAAAACCUAAUUAAAAAUAGGCUUUUCUCCCACCUGUCAUUCAAUCUUUGGCAUAGGCUCUGCUGAUGAUUUGAUUGGCAAAGGAGAGCAGGAAGGACCUCCCAUGGGUGGUCCUUCUCCAAGUAAGCAACUAUGCACAGUGGUUGCAAUGAAAAAUGUAUAACCGCUGCAAACACGAGCUAGGGAGUACAGGAACGGAGUUACUGAUGUCAUGCAGUUCAGAUGCCAGCAACAAAGCCAGUGUCACACAGAAUGCUUGCCCUGCUUGGGGUAGUGUCCCCAAGCCUGGCAAAUGAAAGAAGAGAACAUGAGGACCGGAGGAGGAUGUUGCAUGAAGAGGAACACCCAUGAUAUCUGUUUUUUAAAUGGAAUCUGUCAUGCAUCUUUAUGAUGUAUCCUUAUAUUGAGGGCUAAUUUAAGCGAACUUAAACUCACAAUAAGUUUUAUUUAUAUUUAAAUGUUCUGUUUCUUGUGAAAGUUCAUAAAGUAUAGACUAAAAUCAGUGAGCGGACUGAUGCACUGUUUUUAUUUACUGUGUGUUUAUGGUUUUUAUACAAGGGUGGCAUGGAUUAUCACUUAAAGACUUGUUGUGGAAGCCCAGCUUAUGCAGCUCCUGAACUGAUUCAGGGUAAAGCCUAUAUUGGAUCGGAGGUAACAUUUUCUCUUUUAUUGUGUGGCUUUUUUUUUGUAGUAUAGUGUGCAAAAGUUGGAUAACUUAAAGGACCAUUAUAGGCACCCAGACCACUUAAUCUCGGUGCAGUUCGCCUGUCUUUUUAGCCCUGCAAUGUCUUGUAAACAAAUUCCACUGAAAUCCCAAUACAGUCAAAAUAUAUAUGGACUACUUUUGUUUUAAGCAUUUUUUUUUUAUUUUUUUUUCCUACGCUUGGAGUGGAGCAACCUCCAUCAAGACAUCCGCCUUCACUAGUGAUGGCGGAGGGGAAAAGGCUAUGUCUGUGAAGGGUCCCACUGGAUCCUCCAUACACAUCAGUGUUUUACUGCAGCCCAUGUGAAAGUGUACGGCACUGAGGUUUGAAGAGGAUAGGCAAGUAGGCAGUAGCCAUGGACAGGCUUGUACUAAAGUGUAGGCAAUACAAACUAAACUUCAAGUUUAAGGCCGGAAUAAAAGCACAACAGGUUUUUCCAUUCAGCUGUUUUGACAUUCUUUUUCUCAUUUUCUCAAUUUCCCUGUUCGAAAUGGUUUAUUUUCAAUCAGAUGUAACUUACUUUAAAAAUCUGUAAAUUGAGCUUUAUUACAUACAGGAGGCUCCUGUAAGGUCUAGCUAGUUAGCAGAGCAGAAGAUACAAAAUUCUAAAUUUAAACCGUAUUUGCGAUAAAGGAAGUGUAAACAUUUGACUAUUCUUUACAGGAAGUGUUUAGGAAGGCUGUGCAAGUCACAUGCAAUGACAUGUGCCUAGGGUUGCAUAAACAAAAUGAUAUAACUCCUAAAUGGCAAAGAAUUGAGCAGUGAGACUAGGUAGGCAUGAUCUAUAAGCAAAAACUGCUUCAUUAAAUUAAAGUUGUGUUUUUUUUAUUUUAAUUUUCUAUAAUGUCCCUUUCAACUUUAUAUGAUAAAUCUGUACUUUUUAUAAAUAAAUUAUGGAACACACCCCUGGAUGUAAGACCGCCAUUGAGGAUUUCUUACUCCUUUUGUUGGAUCCCUGAGCUAAUGGAAGUGGCAGGUUUGUUCUACUUGGCCUCUUCCCAUGAAGACUGUUGGUGUCAUCUGGGGGGAAAAGUCGAGGGCUUGCAAAGGCUGUAGUUCAUAAGAAAUGCAGCUUUUGCAAGCCCUUUUAGGAUAUACCUCCAAUGAAUAAAUACAUGAAAAGUCCAAACUACUUGAUUGUGACUAGUGCAUCAUUCAUAUGUAAUUUAGAACGAUUCCAGAGCAGCAGCUGGUUAACAAUUGACAGAAUGGUGCCAAAACCGUUACUUUUCAAUUUAAAUAUUUUUGAUUAUUCUGAAAACUAAUGCACAUGUCUAUGAUAGGCCAAUGUGGUUAUGGUGACAACCCUCUGUAGUGGUUAUGUUGCCAUCCUUUGAGCUGUUCUGUAUUAAGUUUUUCACUUUUUUAACGUGUCUUUGAAUUCUGAUGCUCUGUGCCCAGCAUGCCCAAGUAUAGCUGAAAAAUCAAUUUUAUAAAAAGACAGCAGAAAAGAUUGAAAAACAUCCCCUCCCCAAAAAAAGACAGUCAACCUACUACUUGGUCUUGUAUAGACUAGAUCUGUUGCUUUAACGUUAUGUUAAAAUAAUUUAGAAUACAUCACUAAAUGUUAGUCCCUAUAAUCUUGAAAAUGUACUACAGACAUUAACCUGCAAAUUUUUUUAUUUUUUUCCUACAGGCAGAUAUUUGGAGCAUGGGAGUUCUCCUGUAUGCACUAAUGUGUGGAUAUCUCCCAUUUGAUGAUGAUAAUGUCAUGGUGUUGUACAAGAAGAUAAUGGUAUGUGCUAGAAAUAUUUUGCAAGAAAUGAUAGAUUGAGAUGUAUUUCAAAUAAAAUUACUUAUUUUACUUUCUUUGUCCUUUAUUCAGAGAGGUAGAUAUGAUAUCCCAAAAUGGCUUUCUCCUGGAAGUGUGUUGCUGCUUAGUCAAAUGCUUCAGGUAAGAUCUGAUUACUGGUCUGAAGAUUUACAAAUGUGUAAACGUAAGUAUUUUAUAGCAUAACUUUCCAUUAAGAGUGCAAGCACACAUAAUUGGUAGUAAUUCUCCAUUUCCAUAAAGCAAUGCUGCGUGAGAACAGACCGCAUUUACAUAUGUAUUUUGGUUUGUUUAUAAAAGACUCCCUUCUAUCCCAUGUGCUUAUGGGUUUUAAUUGACAUAUACUGUAAGCCUAUCAUGUAGCUUUUAAUGAGAAUUUACUGAAUACUGAAAUUGAAGUGAGCUGAGAAACAAACUGGAAAAAUGUAGAUUUGGGAAAAUGUUGUAACACUAAAGUUUACGGCUGGGUUAUUUUUGUUAUUUUGAGUUUCAGAUUACUACAGUAUUCAGUAAAUAAAAUGAUGGGUUUUUGCUCGUACAAUCUGUAGUACAGAUGACUUGACAGGUUAGGGCAGUAGGUACCCUACUUUCUACCAAAUUGUUUGUGGCCAGACUGGGAGUUAAAGGAUAAAGGGACACACUAGUCACCAGUACUACAGCUCAUUGUAGUUGUUCUGGUGAGUAAAAUAAGUCCCUGCAGGCAUUUUCAUGCAAAGUGUUUACAUUAAAGCCUAGGGACACCUCCAGUGUCCUCUCCUCAUAUGGCCACUGGUGGUGUUUCCCAGGGCAGUGCUGCACAGUGGUUUGGCUUUGAUAAUCAAUUCUGAUGUCUGCUAAAGAAGUGGAUUGGGGGCUGGAAAAAAGAUUGAUUUAAAGAAAAAGAAAAAAAGAGGGGUGGGGGGGUGGCAAGCCACCUAAAUAGUAGUUUUGACACGAUGGUCAGAAAAACAAGCUGUCUGCUGACAUCAGAAGUGGCGGCCUGAUCCAAUCUCAAUGCUUCUCCAUAGAAUUGGCUGAGACUGACAAGGAGGCAGAUCAGGGGCAGAGCCAGCACAAUUCAAACACAGCCCUGGCCAAUCAGCAUCUCCUCAUAGAGAUGAAUUGAAACAAUGAAUCUCAAUGAGGAAAGUUCAGUGUCUGCAUGCAGAGGGAGGAGACACUGAAUGUUUGGAUGCAUUUUAUGCAGCCAUGACCCAGGAAGGAUCUCUAACAGCCAUCUAAGGAGUGGCCAGUGAAGUUAUCACAUUUUCUCUGAAAAGACCAUGUUUAAAGCAAAAAGCCUGAAGGUAAUGACUCUACUCACCAGAACAAAUUCAAUAAGCUGUAGUUGUUCUGGUGACUAUAGUGUCCCUUUAAGUAAGUUAGCAAGGUAUACAUGUCAAGGAGAAAUGAUCAGAGGAGUGAAAGAGGGAAAACAUGACGUGUUGUGUAUGUAUGUAUGUGUGUGUGUGUGUGUGUAUAUGUAUGUAUAUAUAUAUAUGUGUGUAUGUAUGUAUGUGUGUGUGUGUGUGUGUGUGUAUACGUAUGUAUAUAUAUAUAUACUAAAUUGUGUUCCAAGCAGUUGUAUACUGCAAACACAAAUUAAAAGGAAUCCAUGUUUAAAAUGGAAUGAGGCAAAAAUGUGAUUCUUUGUUAAACUAAUUUGCAUAUGCCCACCCAGAAUCCUUUGCGGUUGUAACAUCACUGCUGAUUUGGGAUUUCUGUGGGAAAAGCAAGUCUUAUGACUUCACUUAUGCAAAUGCUGCUGGCUAAAUGGACACAGUGCUUGCAGCAAAAAAGCUGUCAUUGAGUGGUACAUAAUAACUUCACGACAGGCAUGUACAUUUAAUAGACUAGAUCGUAGCCAAACAUUCUCAGGCUAACUCUGUAGAUCUAUAUUGUUUAUGGGGUAGAAUAGCUGAGAACAGUUAGCACAACACUGCCCAAGAUUAGGCUGCUGCGUGUUUGGUGAAGCAGACACGGUGCUUAUAGGUAAAGCUUACAGAAUUAAAUGCAAAUAUGUAUAGCUAGCCGUUGCUAGGCAAGUGUUAAUAGUAGGACAUUCAGGCUGUCAUUCAUAGUAGGCACAAUAUGAAAAACAAAGAUCUUUAGCUUAUUCUCUAUGGUUUUGCUUACAUGGACACUUUAUAGAAUAAGACGAAAUAAUACAUUAUAAAGUAGUGUACUGUAGCAUAGAAACCGCUGGCCCUUUCCUGCAGUAAGGGUCUGACUGUGUGGUAUUAGAGUCUCUGGUUGAAGUCGGUCCGUGACCAUAUCUACUCAUCCGAUUCCUGUAGAUGGAGCCCCAGCAACACGGGUGUGCAGUGUUCUGCUGGGCUGCGGUGGGGAACAGUUGGUGUAGCCUAUGCCUCUGCUCGGUAACGCGGGAGUGUCUCUGGGCUUUGCGGCACGAGGUAAAUAUGUCAGGGCAUGUUCUGUGCUCUUACCGGCAUCAGACCCCCGCAAGGGGGUCUGUUGUUGGUGAGGCCGUUGUCAUCUCCACCCGAGUGCCGUGAGGGACUCGGGCUGUCUUACGCCUGAUACGGGUACCUGGUUUCUGUCUUCUUGGUUUGAGCGUUGCGGCGGCAGCCGACGUGGCCCUCUGCCUCUCCAGGUCAGUGCCAGGCAGUGACUCGUGCAUUUGGGGGUCUCCGAUGCGGCGUAGGCUGUGAGGGUAGUGCUGUAGCCUCCAGUCACUGCCAAAACCUCUCAAAUACCCUGUCUAGGCAUUGCAGCAUGCAGUCUAUGAAAUUCAGUAGGAUCAGCUCUUGCACGUGCCCCUGUUCAGGGAACUCGUCCGCCAGGGGGGACUGGGAUCACCCCCGCCGGUCCAUAGGAGAGCGGGGGACCUGUUUGAGUGUCUUACCGCCAGGCAAAGCAGUAGGAGAGCCGCCUCUCCCCGCCCGGUCGCUGGUAGGCCGCAGAGCCUUGAGUCAGGGUUUCCAGUGGCGGAGAAGCACCUGAGAGCUAUCUCCAGCAUCACCGGUGUCGGGAACAGGCUUAGUUGUGUUCUGCGGUCAGGCAAGUUGUGUGCUCAGGUUUAAUGUCGUUUGUAGGGUUUCAUUCGCGAGAGCCCAUCCACUUUUUUUUUUUUUUUAAAUAGUUAAAAAAAAAAAGGUUGAAAUGCUAACACUGCACGCAUUCAAAGUUACCCACUGCAUGUAGCUUCCACCUGUGGUAAAUUCCGCAUUCAAACAUGCAUUCAGUAUUACGGUAUAUACUUUCCGGAGGAGCAAUCAAACUUGUUCAAGGAAAAUUUUAUUGUUGGGAUAUCAGAUGCGGAAAGAAGGCGAGGAUAAUGGUGCAGUAUGUCCAGAAAAUAUAAGAAUAAAAGUAUAUAUGGUCCUACUCACUUUUAUUUAUUUUUUUUAUUUUUUUUUUGUGUUAGAGCUUCAAACCAGCUCUAGUAUGAAAGGCGUACAGUCGUACAAUUCCCAAUUGUAGGAUAUGUGAAGAAUGGUUUCAGUGAUGUGUGGACCAAAAAAUAAAUACAAACAAUAGUGCUCACUGUAUAAAAUCAACCAGAAGAAUAAAUAUGAGAAUAUUACUCACAUUUGCCAGAGCAGACAAACUGCUCUAUGGAUAGGGUGCAGGUGGAUAGGGAUAGAGGGAUUCCCUUCCUUUUGGAGGAAAGCUGCCUUAAUUUCCCUUUUCCAGUUUGUUCUAUCAGCGCUGACCCUCUACUACUGUAAAUGGACCAAAAAAAAAAGAAAAAUUGAAAAUGCAUUAUUUCCAUGGUCAUUGGCCAUGGCAGCAACUCCAUUUCCUUGUUGUACAGGCACGCUGAUUUAAAGUAGGCUGUAGUGGUUGUGGUGCCUAGCAUGUUUCUUUUUGAAAGGGUAAUAUAUUAUGAAGAAAAUUCAUAAAACGUAAAAAGUAUGGAUUUCAGUAUAUAUUAUAGUUACAUAGCUGAAAAGAGACUUACGUCCAUCAAGUUCAGCCUUCGUCACAUAGGUUUUUGCUGUUGAUCCAAAAGAAGGCAAAAAACUAGUCUGAAGCGCUUCCAAUUUUGCCACAAACUAGGAAAAAAUUCCUUCUUGACCCCAAAAUAGCAGUCAGAUGUCUCCUUGGAUCAAGCAGCUAUUACCCCACUAAUUAGAAAUUAUAUCCCUGUAUGUUCUGUUUUUGCAAGUAUUUAUCCAAUUGCAGUUUAAACAUCUGUAUAGAGUCUGACAAAACCACCUCUUCAGGCAGAGAAUUCCAUAUCCUUAUUGCUCUUACUGUAAAAAAACCUUUUCUUUGCCUUAGAUGAAAUCUCCUUUUUUUCCAGCCUAAAUGUGUGACCUCGUGUCUUAUGUAGAGCCCUGUUUAUGAAUAGAUUUCUAGCUAAUGGUUUGUACUGGCCCCUAAUAUAUUUGUAUAAUAUUAUCAUAUCCCCUUUCAGGCACCGUUUUUCCAAACUAAACAGAUUUACAUUUUUUAACCUUUCUUCGUAACUAAAAUGCUCCAUUCCUUUUAUCAAUUUUGUAGCUCGUCUCUGCACUUUUUCUAGUGCCAUGAUAUGCUUAUUUAGAACAGGUGCCCAAAAUUGCACAGCAUAUUCAAGGUGUGGUCUUACCAGCGAUUUAUAGAGGCAAAAUUAUAUUUUCAUCCCGAAAAUUUAUGCCCCUAUUUAUGCAUGACAAAACCUUACUGGCCUUAGCAACUGCAGAUUGACAUUGCAUAUUGCUGUUCAAUUUGUUGUCCAUAACAAUUCCCAAAUCCUUCUCGUGUGUAGUUUGAAGACUAACCUAUUGUGAUGAAUCGUAUCAAAUGCCUUGGAAAAAUACAAGUAGAUCACAUCCAUUGCAACACCCUGAUCUAUACUUCUACUUACUUCUUCGUAGAAUGCAAUUAGGUUAGUUUGACAUGACCUAUGUUUCAUAAAACCAUGCUGAUUAUUGCUAAUAACACAGUUCUUCCCAAUGAAUUCCUGAAUAUUAUCCAUUUAUAGCCCUUCAAAUAUUUUCCCAGUUACAGAAGUUAAGCUCACAGGUCUAUAAUUUCUAGGCAAGAAUUUUGAACCCUUUUUAAAUAUAGGAACAACAUCUGCAAAAUGUAUGUGUGCAAUAGACCUGGCUAAAAUACUUCAAACUAAAAUACUGAACGAACAGAGACCACCCUGGAGCUUGUUAACACCUAUUAACAACUUGGAACUUUUCUCACCUCGGUGUUCUAAUUGUUCGACUGGGUGGCCGCGUUUCCUAUGAACAACCACAAGGUGGCAGCCAUCUUGUUUGCAUGAACGCAGGCAACAGUGUUUGGGCAUGAAGAUCCUGGAACUAAAAUCGGAUACAGAAACUCCCGAACACCGAUGUACUUCCAUCAUCACAUGCGUUUGUUUCUAUUCAGCUUAGCAGGGCACUGUUUGGUGAGAUCAUUCGUCUGGAUGAAGGGAACAAGCUCCAGGGUAAGACUAUUGACUCUGUUCGGUAGUUUGUUCGUUUGCAAACUACCGAACUAGGCCUGCCGCAAAUACAUGACUUCCAUAACUGAUUUGGGUGAUUUUUGGAUAUGUUGGUCACACAGAUUGGGGCUAUCAUGGGAUGUAACUCUUGUGGGGAUUUUAUGUGUUUUAAGUUUUUUUGUGUUUGGAGAUAAUUGAGUUUAGUAGAGUUGCUUGACUCUAUCAUCUCCUAAGUAAAGGGGAAGUAUUAUUGUAUUAUGUGGGGGAGUGCUUUAGAUUGUAACUCUAUUAUGAUUGGUGUAUACGUUUGUGUCCCUGUCUCCAACACGUAGCUUGGUCUCGUGAUUGGAGGGGAACUGCUAUACUGCUAUAUUCACACUGGGGAUUGCUAUACUCCCAUGGGUUCUAAUCACUAGCUUUUAUAAGAGCUGUUCCUGCUAUGCUCUCUGAAGUAGGUUCUGGAUAUCAGUGGUUGGUCUAGGGUGGGAGGAAGAUGGCGAGACCCCAGCUAGGCCAGGUCAGUCGUGGAGUCUGCGGUGCUUGUGGUGUCCGGUGCGGUGCUUGCGGUCCUCAGCGUCAGCUAUGAAGCAUCUGUUGGCGGAGGUGCCCAGUCGGGUUGCCAGGUGAUCCGCAUAUGUUUUUUGCUGUUGAUCCAAAAGAAGGCAUAAACCCCAGUCUGAAAUGCUUCCAAUUUUGCAACACACUUGGGAAAAAAUUCCUUAUUGACCCCUAAAUGAGUAGAUUUUAAACAGAUUUGACUCUCAAACUUGUCCAGUUUACAAGAUCAUCUGCAUUACAAUGCAAGAAUACUUGAAUGUCUCUUGAUCCACAGUUUGUAUUGAUAAGAAAACACUGCACACAGGGCCCAACGCAGCCAUAGACUCCAAAACAAGUGUAUAAAAAUAAAUGGAGUAAAUAGAGAACACAAAUAUGUAUAUAAUUUAUUGUAAAAAUGCACAAGCCUCGGUAAACCAGGCAUGUGGAGGGGCAGAAUUUAGGAGCUUCGAAGUGUGAUAUGAGUGUCCUUUUUUGUUUGUUUGUUUUUUUUCCCAUGUGUAAGCCUACACAGUGUUGCUGAAGAAUAGAUCUACUCUAAGAAGUUAAAGGGAAACUAUAGUACCAGGAAAACCUUGUUUUCCGGACACUAAAGCUUCCUGUCUGUCAAGGGCCACUUCCUGCGGAGCUGAAGGGGUUAAACCAUUCUGUCACUUACCUGGGUCCAGUGCCGAUGUCCCUCGAAGCUGGCUCAGCUCUGCACACACUCCUCCCUUGCCGACAUCCGCCGGCAGGGGAGACCUAAUGCCCGGCAAUGGCCCUGCUCGCAUUAGGAUCUCCUCAUAGGAAAGCAUUAUUUAAUGCUUUCCUAUGGGGAUUCCGGUGACGCUAGAAGUACUCAUGCAUAGCGUGAGGACGUUCAGCGUCGUAUAGACUAUGUCUAAGAACCUGGAAGUCCCUCUAGUGUCUUUCUGAUAGACAGCCACUAGAGGAGGAGCUGUUAACCCUAGCAGAUAAUUAUUGCAGUUUAUAAAAAUUGCAAUAAUUACAUGUUAAGGGUGCUGGGAGUUUGCACCCAGACCACUUCAAUUGGCAAAAGUAGUCUGGGUGCCUACAGUGUCCCUUUAACCUCUAAGAAUAUUUUGUUUUUAAACCGAUACUCGAAGCACCAAAACCAUUUUAGUUUAAUGAAGCAUUUUUUGUGUAUAUCUCAUGCCACUGAUUACUUCUCUGCUAUUUAGGAGUUAAAUCCUUUUUUGUUCUGAAUUAUGCUGCUCUGGUUCUUGGCCUAAUGGAAAAACCUGUUCUUUGUAUGUUAACAUGCUUUUAUAAUGGCAAUUUUGCUUUAGUUUUUUUUUUUUUUUUUUUUAGCUGAUUUUUGUUUUGCGGCCUAUAGCCGUAAUGUAAUUUUGGAUUGGUUACAGUUCCUGUAAACAGAACGCUACUGGCAGAAAUGUAGAUUGGGAGGGGUGUAUUUAGCCGCUUUUUUUUUUUUAUUAUUUAUUUUUAUUUUUUUUUAUUAUCUUGUGUUUAUGUUGAGUCUGUUUUGGCAUAUCCAAACUUUGGUAAUAGGAUCACCAUUAUCUCUCAGAACCAUCAAAUAUUUAUGUCUCUGGGGUAUUUCUAAUCAUGUGCUGUCUUUUGCCUCUAAAUGAAUCUGCAAACGAGUUGGUGGCUGUAUAUAGUUGUGUGAGCUUUACAAGACGAUUGUGACUCACUUUGGUAUCCUUGCGUCAUGUAGACUCGCUCUUGCAUAUUCACUCAUUCUGAUGUGGUGUUUUUUGUUUUUUUUUACUGGAUUAUUUAAACGUUUUGUGAUUAUACCGUAUAUACUCGUGUAUAAGUCGAUCUCAUAUAUAAGUCGAGUGCAGUUUUGUGACUAACAAUUGUGAAAUAUGCUAUGCCUCGUGGAUAAGUCGAGGGUAAAACUUGGGGCUAUGAAAUUCUGUGAUUUUUAUAAUUAUAUACACACACACUCAUACAAACACACAGACUGCAUUAUAUAUACACACACACACUCUGCAUUAUACACACAAACUUAUACAAACACACACUCUGCAUUAUGUACGGACACACUCAUACAAACACACACUCUGCAUUAUAUAAUGCAGAGUGUGUGUGUUUGUGUGAAUGCAGAGUGUGUGUGUGUAUAUAAUGCAGAGUGUGUGUUUGUAUGAGUGUGUAUAUAAAUGCAGUGUGUGUGUGUAAUGCAGUGUGUGUUUGUAUGAGUGUGUGUUUGUGUGUGAACUGGGUGGGGGAGGGAAUUUUUAUUUUAAAUUUUUUUUUAUUUUAGUAUUUUUUUUUAAUUUUAUUAUUUUAAUUUUAAUAUUUACUUUUUUUAUUGUAAUAUUAUUAUUUUUUAUUUAAUUUUUUCAUUUUCGUCCCCCCUCCCUGCUUGUUAGCUGGCCAGGGAGGGGGGCUCUCAUUCCCUGGUGGUCCAGUGGAUGGGCUGUGUAGGAGGGGGGCUAUUACCUACCUUUCCUGCAGCUCCUGUCAGCUCCCUUCUCCUCUGGUCCAGUCAGCUACACUGUAAGUCUUGUGAGAGCCGCGGGGUCAGAGCAUUGCCACAGGUUACCGUGGCAACACUCCGCGCGGCAGUCACACAGCGAGACUUUCAGUGGAGGAGAAGGGAGCUGACAGGAGCUGCAGGAAGGUAAGUAACAGCUAUCUGCCAGCCCCCAAAAGGACCGCCGGGCUUGUAAUGAGCCCGGCGGUCCUGGUCUGUAUUAUGGCAAUGUAAGUUGCCAUAAUACAGACACUGACUCGAGUAUAAGUCGAGUGUGGGUUUUUCAGCACAAAUAAUGUGCUGAAAAACUAGACUUAUACUUGAGUAUAUAUGGUACAUAUUUUUUUGGGGCACGAUACCUGCCACUCUACCACUAUAUCAGCUCGGUCUUCUGUGUCUUUGGUCACCUUCAUUUAUUAUAAUUUUUUUUUUUUUGAGGGCGGACCUGGACCACUGGCUACAUUGUAUAGCUAUUGAGGUACCUAUUGAACCUAGCUGGCUGAUGGCCGUCUAGGCAUCACAGAUAGACGAGUGACCGAUCAGGGUGUUAGGAGCAUUAUGUUUUAGUUAAGACACUACUUUAUCAACUGCUAAUCCCACGGCUCUCUGUGCCAUUACAUUAAGAUUCUAUCCUUUCCUAUUGCCUGUCCUAUACCAGAUGCCCACAAAGGCACCUUUCUAAUACGCUACACUAAUUCUUGAUAUUGGUCUAGCAAUAAGGAGAUUACGGACACAGAUUAUGGAGUUUUGCUGUGAGUGUGUGUAUAUAAUCUAUAUCUAUAUCACAGCAAAAUAGUGUCAUACCCGGAUCUAUAAAUUUAUUCCUGUUUAGGAUAUAAUGCUUAUUAGCAGUUAAGUUAUUCAUAUGCUCUGAUUAUAGACAAAGUGGUUUUGGAUUGUCUUUUUGAGCAGUAUUUCCUCAAGUGAAUUGUGCACGACAACUCUAUCGCAGUGGAUACAAUGCCAAAUAUAUAGAUACAACACCGUAUUGGAUUUUUUUUCUUUGACAUAUGGUCACUUAUUAGAUGACCAAUGCUUCACAUUUAGAGGUUAUCUGUUAGACAUCGCUAUGGCGAUCUUUUCAACUUAGCAGUGGAUCCAGCGCUAACCUAUAGAUACAAUAUUCUAUCGGAUUUUCUCUUUGAUAUACAGUCAUUUAUCAGAUGACCUAUGCUGUACAUCUAGAGGUUGUUAGACAUCGCUAUGGCUUUUAUUUUUUUAUUUUUUCACUUAGUCUUGUUUUAUUUAAUUGACUCUUUUUUUGAGUCAGGCAGUUAUAGCCAGGGUUUAUUUCUGUUUUUUGUGUUUUUUGCUUUUUCCAAAUAAAGUAUCUUUCAGACUUUUAUAUACUUAUUAUUUAUCACGACCGUAUGUUAUCAUAAUAGUUGGAACAGAGUUCUGUUUUUCUUUAUACAUAUUGUUUUUAGGAUCGUCCAUUUUGAGACUAAAACCUUCAUCUCGAUUAUAACUUUUCACGUAUACUAGAGGUGAUUUUUAAUUAUUUUUUUUUUAAAGCAUUAACAAGUCCAUUGAGGGCCCUCUGUCUGAAGGGAGAUAUGGUCUAUAUCUCUUUAGAUCCUCCUGAAUCCUGCACUCCACACUCCUGGUGUACCCUAUUGGUUAAAUGUUACGUAUAUUGUAUCCAAUACCAAAUGGUUGCACGGAAUGGUGUUUAGAGACUGUCACCAAGCCUGCUACCCCUAGGAUCUCAACAAGCCAGCCUUUCUGCCAGACAUGAAGGGGGUAUUUUCCAAGGUUUUAUCCUGGUUCUUUGCAAGGGAGAGAAGGUAACAAGGCCUGGGUGGUCAGUGACAAUCUGUUCUUUUGGCAAUAGGGCCGAAGAAAAAGGCUGGAGAUUUGGCAAUGGUGACAGAUACUUAUCCGCUAGGGUUCCUGACCAAUCAUGGCAUUGUUGUGCUGCCAGGUGCUUUAAGAGUUUAAAGGUUUCAAUUCUAUUGAGACAUAUUGAAAUAUAAUUAUAUUGAUUUGCAAAUGUUAUCAACAGGUCGAUCCAAAGAAAAGGAUUACAGUCAGGCAUCUGUUGAAUCACCCAUGGCUCAUACAGGGUUAUUCCUAUCCAGUGGAGUGGCAAAGCAAAAGUCCAGUAAGUCUAGUUUUAUCCAUGGAGACUACACAGCAGGAAAACAUACCCUGCACAUAAUGUGUCACUUUGAAGGCAAUGAUGAAAUCAAACUGCUCAAACUUUUUUAAAGAAUAUGAAGAGGCUGCACCCAAAUACUUCGUGCAGUUUUCCCACUGCCAUAAGCUUUUGUGAUCCUGGUGCUCAUCGUUUGUUUUAAUAUUAUGUUUACUUAAUUAACACAUUUAUCUGUAAAGUAUGUCAAAUACAAUUUAAAUGUAGAAAUCCUCACCUCUUCAUUCUGCUGUUAGGUUCCUCCAUUUAAGAUCCCUGUUUAUCAUUGUUAUAAGUUCUGGUAGUCCGCAUGCAGAGAAGAAAAAACAAACUUUCUAUUUCUCCUUCUAAUUUGCAGCAUUUACCUUGUCUGAACAGAAUUAUAAUGUAAUUUGCCAAAAUUAAAAUAAAAAACAUUUAACACUUAUAUAUAUAUAUUUUUUUUUUUUAUUGAAUAGUGUGAGUUCUAGAAAAGUGACAGUUCCCAUUUAACAAUAGAAAGCAUUUUAGAAAAGUAAUUGCAUGUCUUUUACCUUGAUUGCUGAUCUCAUUCCAAUGUUAUUUAAAUAUUUUCAUGUUGCACGAACUAAACAAAGCUUAUUUGAAUGGAUGACGGUAAUUUCCGGUUAAUUCUUGCUGUUUAUGUGAAGUGGGAGGAGAUGUAUAUCACAAAAUACACAAUGCAUUUUAAAUCUCACAGAUUGUAAUAGUUUUAUUUAAAAACUCCUCACGUAGGCAAAAAAUAAUGGGGGGGUUUAGUUACAUUAUAUGAUCAUAUAUUGCAUAAGCCUGCCACAACGUCAAUCUACCCCAUUCUUGGCAUGUCCUUCUCUAGCAGCCUAUUGACGUUGUGGCAUGCUUAUGCAAUAUAUGAUCAUAUAUUGUAACUAAACCCCCAUUAUUUUUUGACAAGGUGAGGUGUUUUUAAAUAAAAAUAUUACAAUCUGUGAGAUUUAAAAUUAUUGUGGAUUUUGUGAUGUAUAUCUCCUCCCACUUCACAUAAACGGCAAGAAUUAACUUGAAAUUACCGUCAUCCAUUCAAAUAAGCUUUGUUUAGUUUAAACAAAACUAUUGUUUAGCGAAUAAGUGAGUGCAUUGGAUUGUGUAUUUUGUAUAUUUUGGCCCAGCAGCACCCUGUAAUCUAUGCAUAUUCAGGUGAGUGCAGCCCACUUGGUUUUUUUUUGUGUGUGUUUUAAUAGUAUAAUAGUAGAAUUUUUUAAAAUCUGUAUUUCUUUUUCUCCAGCUUGGAUACAUUGAUGAAGACUGUGUUACAGAGAUGUCGGUUUUCUAUAAGCAUAGUAAAACUAGCACAUCACAUCUGAUAUCUGAGGUAAUGUGGCCCCCUCACUUCUACUGCCUUUUGGUUAUGCUGUACUUGGGCUUAUGGAGCUCUAUCGUACUAAGAGUGUUACCCAGUCGUGUUAAUCUAAAACCUAUGAAAAUGAGGCUUGGGCACCCAUUUGGUUUGCUUCCCUUUGUGUGUGGCUUUAUUUUAUUUUUUGUGUGUGUCUCCUUUAAGAAUUGCAAUUUACUUUGUCUGAGUGUGAAAUUACAUUAUAGAGGGUUCUUGAAGUCGCAUACAUUGGUGAGGUCCCAGGGAACGUGUAUGGUGCUUGCAGUGUUCCUAGUGAUCAAACUUUUUUUUUUUUUUUUUGUGCAAGUGAGUACAAGGCAAAGUCAAACACCACAACCGCGUACACUAUCCAAAUAUAAAUGGAAAACUCACACAUUUUUGUUUUCUUGGAACAGAUUUAACUAGUCUGACACGUCUCUGAUAUGAUUUAGCUUGCUUAUCAGGAUUAGCUAGUUGAUUUAGGUAAAACAUGAAGGUAACACAUGAAAACGAUAUAUUUUCUAAACACAUGGUAGUAGCUUGCAUAAUUAAUGGCACAUGCCAACUCUAGCUAGACAUGCCUGAACAGUAUGUCUUUAAACUCGAUAGAACAUGCUAAGUGUUCUUGGGUGUGCGAUAGUGCUGGUACAGGUGAUGCCUGAGCUUCCUUUUGACAAGACGAUAUGAUUGUGUAGAACAUCAAUGCUAAUAAUAAUUCAGGUGGCACAUGCUGCUUGGAGGGUCACUCCAAUCAAAAAGUGUAUUAAUCAACCCCUGGUUUUUGGUUGGAUUAUCCUUGCUGGCAUGCACUCAUUAAAUAUUGGCAUCCUGGAACUCUUGUUACAGGUUGCUAAUCAUAUUGCCUGUGGAGAUACAGCUAUAGCAGAAAAAUCAAAUAACUGUGUGUGCAACUUUUAUUACUGAAACACUGCACAUACACACUUCAAAUCAUUAAUAUGGUGCUUGGAUUAACCCUUUAAACUCUCAAAAUGCAGACUAUAGUAAACUUUGCUGUUAUGAUUAUGUAUGUUUUUUUGUUUUAUCUUUAGUGGGAUUAUGACCAAACUACAGCUACCUAUUUACUGCUUCUGUUAAAGAAGAGCCAUGGCAAACCAGUUCGCAUGAUGCGCACAGUCCAUGUUAGAGAGCAUCCUGUCAGCUCUUUUAAAGACCUUCGAGUAGGUAUAUGCCGCAAUCUGAAAGUUUACGGUACCCAGAAAAGAUCGUGUUUGUGUGUUUAGAAAACUUACAAAUUAACUGGAGAUCAGAGUUAAACUAAAUGGGAGAUACAUCUGACAAAAAAAUGAUAAUGUAAUGGGCAUUUUGACAGCACUAUGACUACUACACCAAGCUGUAGUUGUUAUGGUGCUCAAACUACUUGGUCUGCUACCAGCUAAGUGUCAAAACUAUUUUUGAGUGGUUUGACACACUGUCUUCCAGGUGCCCGCGGCACACUGUAUUGUAAAUGUGGAUAUAUUUCCAGCUGGUGUUCUGUCUAUUAAUGCUAUCUAAAUUUUGAUGAAAAUCACGAAGUGCUAUUUCGUUAAUGCAGAAAGGUUUGGUCCAGAACUGAGGUACAGUGCCAAUAGCCAAUGGGAUGUAGGAAUUAUGGUUCAUAGAGUGAAUCCUUAACCCCUUAAGGACCAAACUUCUGGAAUAAAAGGGAAUCAUGACAUGUCAGACAUGUCAUGUGUCCUUAAGGGGUUAAAGGAACACUUUAGCAUUAGGAAUGCAAAGCCCACCUCCCUCCACCCAGUGAUUAAAGGGUUAUUUAUUUUAUUUUUUUUAAAAACCAUUUUUUUUUUUUCGACCCUCUGCUUUCAUUUUUUUUUAUUUUUUUUUUUCAACACGAAGAUCCCUCUGCACUGGAUCGAAAUCCUUUAGUCACGUCACGCCAAUGGAGGAACAAAAUGCGCAUGCUCGCAUUGGACCACCUCCAUAGGAAAGUAUUGAAUCACUGCUUUCAGGUGGGGAUUUUGAAGACCCUGCAUGUCCUCAUGCACAGUUCACCUUCAUGAAAAGCCAGGGAGCGCCUGUAGUGGCUCUUAGUUCCAGGCACUCGACGACAAAACCCUGCUGGCUCUCCGAGAACAAAGAUGGCUGCCGCCACGUGUUCGGUACACUAACGGCGGCAACCUGCAACAUACAUUAAUUGGGCACAGAUACAACUAUAAAUAGGAUAAUUACAAGAAAACUUACAGGAACAAUAUGUUGAAGAGCUUACAGUCUAGGAGGUGGGGUACAAAACACAUUUGGACAGGAAAUAGCAACCAAAUAAGCUGAGAGUGAAGCAGAGCUGGAGGACAGAGUAGAGUGCUGCCCUAUAGAAGACCGGUAUGAAAGGUAGAGGUUAGUCUUGGAGGCAAUAAGCUUUCCUAAAGAGAUGGGUUUUAAGGCACUUCUUAAAAGAUGCAAGACUAGCGGAGAGUCUGAUGGCGGUAGGCAGGUUAUUCCAUAGGCUUUUCUAAAAGUGCCAAUUUAUAUUGAAAUCUGUACUUUAUAAGGAAACACUGUUCACACAUAAAGGAUUUCAGCAAGCUAACGUGCUUUCAGGGGUUUGUAGUUUACAUUGAAGUGUCAUACAGUGAUAAGAAAUCACCUAUUUCUCUCUCCUAAAUAAAGAGCUACCACCCUGCCCUCAUUUAAAAAAAAUUAGUCCUAACUGUAACAUGUUCGAAUUCAUUGUAGGCUGAUGCUCCUAGCACUAUAGAUAUAAGGUAUGUGAUAUUGGUAAAAAGGUGAAGGAAAAUGUUGUCACAGUGAAGCUUGGUGAGAUGCCUGCAUGCAUGUUCUCUAUCCUGUGCAAGCAAAGAAAGGUCGCCAUCCCAUUGCGUUCCUCUUCCCUUUAGCCUAGAGAAGAUGUGACUAUCCUAGGUUUGGGGCUGUGUGUCACCACAUCGAGCUCUUCUGAUAGGCUGUAAAAACAUACUUGGAGUAGUAAGGGACUAUUGAUGACCAUGUUCUUUCCUUUGUUAGUCGAAGCACAGCCUUGAUUGUGAGGACGCUUGUCGUGAUGACCUCCCAUAUGUAUUUGGAUCCAUGGAAUUUUCGGAUGAUGAACUUUUUUACGAUGAAUACCCACUUGCUGGCAUUGAACCACUCACUCCAAAGGAGGUGUGUAUUUAACUUGGUAAACUGGUGUUUCACCCUUACAAUAUAGUGGUGCCACAGAGCUUUUUGGGAUAACAUUGAGAGUAGUGCUUUUUUUUUUUUUUUUUCAUCUAAAAAUAAAACAAACUGUCAUACAAUUCUUGUUACAAUCUCUAUCGUGUUAUCCUUUACAGUCAGAAAUGGAUCAUAUUCGAAAAAUCAUUAAAAAUACAAACCUAUUAUAUUAACACCAAUUAAAAAAAACAUGUUCACCAAUUGCGCGUAAUUUGGUCCAUGAACUAUAUCAUUCUAAUAUUCUCUACAUCCUUUUUUAUUGUUCCCUAACUUAAUUCCUCUUUUCCUCUUUUUCUUCCAUUCACUUUUUUUUUUUCUUCUUCUUUCUUCACCUUUUUCUUCCGCCUUUCUCCUUCUCUUCCUUCCUUUUGCUUAUAGAGCCUAGUUCUUAUCUAAUGUUUCAAAGUGUAACGGCAAAUUGUCCCAUAUAGCUACAUGUUUAACAAGCCCUUUAAUAUAGCUCAUUCGUCUUUCUAUUUGGAAUUUUAAUUGGGGUAUUAAUUGGGUGAGAAUGAAAUGCUGGUCCUUUUGCCGACUUCUUGCGAUCUUUAUCUUUAGUACUCAUUGUUGAAGCUUUGUCAUGUCUGGCCAGUUAAGAUGUAACCGCAUAUUACCUGGUUUUCGGGCUAUUUUUAGAUUAAUUAAAUAUGAUAUUCUGAGAAGGUCUAUAGGGGGAUGACCUUUUCGCAGGACCACCAUAUAUGUAGGUAUUUCCCUGGUUCUGUACCACAUCUCCAACACAAUUGGUUAUAUUCUUGAUAAAUUUUUGCUAGUCUGGAUGAAACCAUAUAAAAAUUAUUGAUCAAUUUAAAGUGAGUUUCAACUAAGGAUAGGCCAUGCACCAAUGUAUUCACUUUAUGGAGUGCUAAACACCACUCCUCCUUCAAUAUGGAUAUUUACAUUUUUUUUUUUUUUUUUUAAUUUUCCCCCCAUCUUUGUAUUGCUAAGGGAGUUGUUUUGGCCCUCCCCAAAUCAAUAAUUUUAAUGCAUUUAGAGAACUGCUGCUUCAAGGUGUGUGUGUGUGUGUGUGUGUGUAAAAAAAAAAAACAAAAAAAAACAAAAAAAAAAAACACAAAACUGAUUUCAACUGCUUAUACAACUCUCCGUUAAAGAGAACAGUUUUAUAAAUUGUGCUUCAUCCGUAAGAAAUUGAAGAUCUCUCUACUCUGCAACCCGAACUUCCCGAUAAGAGAGUCAAAAUGUUUAAUUUUGUCGUUAUUCAGCAAGUUUUUUUUUAAAAGUUUUUUUUAUUUACUGUCCAAUUAUUUAAAGAAAUAUUUGAUAAUGUCAACAUUUUGAAAAUCCAAUAGUUUAUCAUUAAUCUUCAAUUUCUUCUUAAUUUUAUUCCACAAUGGGAUAAUCUGACUUAAUACAUAGGAUGAAGAAUGAUUCCCCUCUCCGGGAGACCAGAUCAUAGCUGAGAGGUCCUCAUUACCACAGAUCUGUUUCCAUUUCUUUGAUUAAAAGGGCUAUAUGGAAGACUAUCCCAGCUUGAUAAGUUUCAAUAUUGGGAAAACCCAUCCCACCUUUCCUGAUUUUAUUUAACAGUAGUGACUGUCUAAUCCUGGGUUUUUUCCCCUCUCCAAAUAAAGUUUGCGAAAGAUCUUUUAAUCCUAGCAAGCCAGGGUAUGGGGAUGGCCAGUGGCAGCAUUCUAAACAUGUAUAUCCAUUUGGGGAGGACAUAGGCCUUUAUAACGUUAACCCUCCCCCACCACGGAACCUCUGCUCUACUCCAUUCUUUCAAAUCUUUGUUUCCUUUAAUAAAUGUAAGAAAUUAUUUUCCAUCAGUCUAUUGAAAUUUCCACAUUUUAACGCCUAAAUAUGUAAAGACUUUGGGACAAGAAAAAUUAUUGUUCUGUUGACUUUUAUUAAUUUCAGUUGUUGGUAUAUUUUUAUAAAGCUAUAGAUUUGGUCUUAUUUAACUUAUAGUUGGAGACAUUGCUAUAAUCAACCAAUAUUUUAAAAACCAUAGGUAAAUUAAAAAUAGGGUUAGAAAUAUACAAAAGAAUAUCAUCCACAUAAAGGGAUAUUUGUACAUCUCCCCAAGAGGACUGACUUCCUUCAGCCACAUUCACUUCUCCUAUUUUGAUGGCCAAUACUUCAAUUGUAAAAAUGUAUAGGAUAGGGGACAGCCCUGUCUCGUUCCAUUUUUCAGCUCAAACCAGGAUGCGCAUAUAUCGGGGCCUAUAGUUCUUGCUAAUGGGUCCUAUAGUGACAUAAUCACCCUUUGUAUCCAUCCAGUCAGACCAAAUGACUCAAGGGGCCCUUUUCAUGAAGUCCCAACUGACCCUGUCGAAGGCCUUUUCAUCAUCUAACGACAGGAUCAGGAGGGGCCUCUUCCCUUGGUCCACCAUAUUAAUAUAAUCAAUCAGCCUUCUUAUAUUAUUGCUAGCCAAUCUGUCUGGUACAAAACCAAUUUGAUUGGGAUGUAUAAGAUUAACUCUUGAUGCAAUAAUAGAAGCAUAAAGUUUGACAUCCAUGUUAAUAAGGGAGAUAGGACAGUAGCUUAUCAUGUCUGAUGGCUCUUUGCCUUCCUUUAAUAUGGGCAAGAUAUUGGCUUUUAGAAUUUCUCGGGGGAACCUGCCCUCUGUGACUGCAUUAUUAAAGGUCUUUGUUAGCUUAUCUGAUAUUUUUCAUUGUUUUAUAAAAACUAUUGCUGAAUCCAUUCGGAUCUGGAGUUUUUAACAAGACUAAAUUGUCUAUCGCCUUUUUUACUUCUUUUGUAAUUUUUAUAUUAAUUGUAUCUAAUUUUUCUGUAGAUUUGAAAUAUAAUCGAUUUCACUGCUUCUUUUCAUAUCCGGUAAAUCAUAUAGGUUUUUUUUUUUUGAAAGCCUCCCCUAUUUCCCCCGGAGAUAGAUAUAGAUAUAUAUUUCGUCACCCUGCUUUAUUUUCUCGAUUCUGUUAGUCGUUUAUUUUUAUUUAUAUAUUUAUUUUUUUGCUGGUUGGCUAAUAUCUUAUCUGCUCUAUUGUUUCUAUAAUAAUAUAUUUUGCUUUCACCUUGAGCAUAUUAAGUGUUCUUGCAUAGCAAGACCACUUAAUGUUAUCUCACAUAUAUUAUUAUAAAAUUCUGGAUUAAUAAAAUUUUUUUGCUGGUUGGCUAAUAUCUUAUCUGCUCUAUUGUUUCUAUAAUAAUAUAUUUUGCUUUCACCUUGAGCAUAUUAAGUGUUCUUGCAUAGCAAGACCACUUAAUGUUAUCUCACAUAUAUUAUUAUAAAAUUCUGGAUUAAUAAAAAAAAAAAAAUAUAUAUAUGUGGAUAAUAUAUGUGAGAUAACAUUAAGUGGUCUUGCUAUGCAAGAACACUCAAUAAUAAGUGUUCUUGCAUAGCAGAUGGAUAGUGUGUGUGUGUGUGUGUGUGUGUGUGUGUGUGUGUACUUUUGGCUGUAUAUAUAUGUAUAUAUGUAUGUAUGUAUGUAUACACGCGCGCACACACUCUAUCCAUCUGGUCUAGUAAUCAGGCUAAAUUAUUAGUUAGAGGUUAAUGAUGCUUUUCAACUAUUGAGUUUUUGUGUUUUACUGUAACUAAGUUGCUAUGGACAACUAUUCUCCAUAGCAACAAACUCCCAAUGAGGCAGUCUAACGGCCGAUCACGUGACGUCACGUACGCACACGUUGACGCUGGCGGAAGCCGCGUGAGUUUUGGACAGGGCUGACAGGGAGCACUAGUCUAUUCCGGUGGUGGGUAAGUUAAUUGUAUGUUUUCUAUUCUGGUAUAUAUGUGAGUAUUUGUAUUAUUAGUCCUGAUGAAAGUCUGUGAGUAACAGACUGUUACGUCGAUGUUUUUUUGUAAAGUUUAUUAAAAGUUGUUUUAUACUUUUUCAAAGUCCUGGGAGUGCUAUCUGAAAUAUCUUUUGAUAAAAAAUAUAUAUAUAUAUAUAUAUAUAUAUAUAUAUAUAUAUAUAUAUAUAUAUAUAUAUAUAUAUAUAUAUAUAUAUAUAUAUUUUGUUAUGGUGGGGAAAAAUUGUGAUAGAAACCAGUGAUUCACUGGUUUUGCAUCUUAUCCUAAAUUGUGUUCCAAGCAGUUGUAUACUGCAAACACAAAUUAAAAGGAAUCCAUGUUUAAAAUGGAAUGAGGCAAGAAUGUGAUUCUUUGUUAAACUAAUUUGCAUAUGCCCACCCAGAAUCCUUUGCGGUUGUAACAUCACUGCUGAUUUGGGAUUUCUGUGGGAAAAGCAAGUCUUAUGGCUUGACUGGUGUGCAGAUUUUUGUUUAGCAUUGUAUUAACUAUAUAUAUAUUAUAUAUAAUUUUUUUUUUUUUUUCUCUCCUGUGUUAACCAGUUGUUAAAUGAAUCGAAUUAUCUGACUGGUGCUUUACUUUGUAGUAAUUAUCCAAUAUAUAUUUUAGAUUCUUGCAUAUGCUCAGAACCUUGAAAAUUUAAUCACUUGUUAUAGUAGUAUAAGACCACAAAAAAACACUUAAGUGAUAAUGUAAUACAAAAAAUAAAAAUUAAUGUACCUUCUAUCUCCUUUUGCUUCCUCCUUUUCAUAAUUUAAGCCUCUUCUUCCUUAAGUGGCUUUAUUCAGUUUGUGCGAAGAAUAUCUUUAAUCUGAAAGAAUUUAAAAUUUACAAUUAUAUCCCUUGGCAGAUUUUCUGGUACUGAUUUUGGUCUAAAAACCCCGAUGGCAUCUCUGUGCUGGAAUUGAAUUUUGUUGUCAAUUUCCCAUAUCUGCCAGUGUUUUUGUGGGUUUUUUUUUUUUUUAUUUAUUAAUCCAGAAUUUUAUAUUGUGUAACUGACUUUGGAACAUUCCUCAAUCGCAAGUUGUUUCUUCGUGCUCGGUCUUCCAUGUCUUCCAUGUCUCCCAUUUUUCUUUCUAGGUCUCUUUUUGUUUAUUCAGUAAGGAAUUCUGUUCUUUCCACUGUUUUUCUUGGAACUCUAAAUUCUCAAUUCUUUUCCUCCAUUCCUUCAAUUCUGUUUCAGACCUCCAAUCUGUUUUGUCUUCAGAAUUUUUAUUUGGUUAGUUAUGGCUUCUUAUUGUUCUUGUAAGCAAUUUCUUAGGAAUUCUGCUGUAAUUGCUAUACCAUUCGGGCAGUUAACACUGCUUGCAGAAUCCUCUGUACCAGAUGUGGAUAAUACGGAUUCUUCCAUUUUCCUUUCCUGUGUUAUUUUACUGAAUGGUGAGAAAAGAAAUUAAGCUGCCCUAUCCCCUUUAGGGUCUUUCUUCCUGUCUUUUUUUGCCAUUAUUUUAUCUUGAGCUUUUGAGGCCAUAACUCAAAUGAAACAGAAAAAAUAUAUACAGGGCGCCACAAUCACCAGAUAAAUAAACGAAAAAGAUGAAGAUAAUAUUGUUUUAUUUAAUAAUGUGCACCAACAAUGUGCAAAUAGUAUAAAAUAUAUUCACAUAAAAAGCCUCAAUAGGCUAAAAGACCCAUAGGUAUAGCAGCUCUUAUAUAACAUGAAAAAGUGCUAAAUGCUAAAGUGCAGACAAUAAUAUAAAGUGCAGAGUGCAACUCCCAUCACUUUAAGCUGGUAAACAUAAACAAUGUCCACAACUAGUCACAUAGACAAAAAAAAAUCAUGUGAAACAGAAACUGCUGAUACCAAAGUAGAAGGGUCCCCAAUGCUGCUCAACGCGUUUCGUCCUUGAGACUUCGUCAGGAGCUUCUUGAUCUUCCCUCUUUCUUCUCUCUUUUAAAUCCGCCGGUCUGCCGGUUCUUUCGUGACCACGCAUGCGCCCGUCACGCGCACCGUCAUACGUCAUGACGCACACGUGAACGUACUGCGCAUGCGCGGCCACGUUGGAACGCAAAUAACUUUAUUGUUCAAUGUACAUAGUAGCAACUGAACGUCCUACAACAAGAACGUUCAUAAUACUACUGAGACUAUCGGAUGAUUAAAUAAACGUUGCUUCAUAGGGAAGGGAAGAAGGGAGGAGGGGAAGAAAAAAAUUUUAAUAAACCACAAAAUGUGUAUAUAUAUUAAUAUAGACCAAAAAUCAAUAUAAAAAGAGGUGCAUAUAGCACAAAUAGAGAAAUUGUAUAUUUAAAAAUAUAUCAAACAGGAGGGGAAUAAAAAAUAGUAUAAAGCACAUUUAUUCUUAAGUAAAUUGAAUACUCAUUUUUGACACUCAUUUUUAACAUCAAAAAAAAAUAAAUAAAUAAAAUACAAUAGAUGCAGUAUCUAAGAAACAGAUUACACAUAUAAAGAUCCUACAUCAUAAUGGUAGAAAAAACAGAUACUGCAUAUAUAAGAGGAUAUUAUGUCCAUAAACAUAAAAAUAGAAUGGGGACAUCCAUAAUAAUACAUAGAUAACAGAGGUGAAAAUGUUGAACUUUUUUUAAAAAAAUUGUCUUUUAAAAAAUUGUCUUUUAAAACAUCAUAAAAAAAAAAAAAUUAAAAAAAACUUUAAUCAAUAAAGGAUAAAAUAUCUAAAUCUGUAUUAAGACCCAAGGGAACAGAUGAUUUCAUUUUAUAAAUCCAUUCGGUUUCUCUUUUUGCUAACAUCUUUUCUGUAUCUCCCCCUCUCCAAUGUGGUAUAACUUUAUCAAUCCCUAUACAUAUAAAAUCUUUAAAAUCAAACACAUUGCAUUCAUUACAAUGUCUAGGAACACUAUGUUUCAUAUUCUUAUUUUUAAUCCCGUUAAAGUGUUCAAGUAAUCUUAUAUGAAGUUUCCUAAUUGUGCGUCCUAUGUACUGGGCGCCACACUUACAUUGUAACAUAUAAACAACAAAUUGACUUUGACAAUUAAUAAAGUGCUUAAUCUUAAAAGUUUCUUUGGUUACUGAACUACAGAAUUCUAUUACCUUAUUUUUCUGAAACUUACACGUAGUACAUCUCCCACAUUUAAAAAAACCUUUAGGUUUUUCGGAUAAAAAAUUGAUACCACUUUUGUCAACUUCCUUCUUAGGUAAAAUGCUAGGGGCUAAAAUACUUCUGAGGUUAUUAGGCCUCUUAUAUAAUACCUUGGGUCUCUACGGUAAAAUAUUCUUUAAAAAUCUAUCUUGUAAUAAAAUAGGCCAAUUUUUACGGAUCGUUUUCUCUAUUAAGUUGGCUUUAUUAUUAAAUUUAGUUAAAAAAGCGAAUUCGAACUUAUUACUGUCAACUUUCUUUUUACUCUUACGUUGAAUAUCAAUUAAAAGAUCUUUCCUUCGUAAACUUUCUACCCUCUUUUGUGUAUUACAUAGAAGUUCACUAGGGUAAUUUCUAUCAGCAAAUUUCUUAUUUAAAACCUGAACUUGCUCUCUAAAAUCAUCUUUUUCUGUACAGUUUCUAAAAAUCCACUGCAAAUGAGAAAGGUAGAGAUAUACAAGAUCAACGUGAAGUUUUUUUAGAAAAACGUCAAAGGAGCACUCUACCACGAGACCAAAAUUCAUGGUCUCACAGAAACAGGUUUUCCCCCUUACAGAUCACCUGCACUCCCCCCAAGAAGAGAAAGCUCCUAGGGGCAACUGGAGGGCUAGGGGGAAUAGAGGAAGGGGAAAUGUCAGAUUAAAUACGGUAAAGAACAAUGAAGGUAUUCUAAAUUUGUCUAAUGAGACUUUUAGUACUGAGCAAUUACAGAUUUUAAAUAAAGGUCUAAAAUUUGCCCCCCAGACAGAUCCUAAUUUGUUCGAGUUAUUUAUUGAUACUCAGAAAUUUUUAAGAAAACUCACAAUUAAAAGAUUUUUUGAGAAGAAAAAAGAGACUGUUUUUAAAAAUAAAAUAGAUGAUGGCCAACAUGGCCCAUUAAUUGAGGGGACACAAAUUGAUAUUGAUAACACUAUAACGGAGGUUAUUCAUUCAGGUUUUAAAAAUAAAUCAAAGUUUUUCCCAACAUGGGAAAAAGGAGACCAUAUACCUGUUUUUAGUGAAAUGAUAAUGAGCGAAUUUGAGAAUUUUUCUAAGAAUAGAGGCAAAGAGAAUUUGACAAAGAAAGAAAAACAAGCUUUGAAAGCACUUAAAGAAAAUAAAGGGAUAGUGAUAAGACAAGCUGAUAAAGGUGGCAGUAUUGUGAUUUUAAACAGAGAUGAUUAUCUAAAAGAAUCCCAGAGAAUAUUAGGAGAUUCCAACACUUAUAAAACCUUGGCCAACAAUCCUACCUUUAGCUUUAAGGGAGAAUUACGCAAGAUAUUACAGUCAGGUAUGGAAAAAGGAAUAAUAGAUAAAGAUGAAUUUCAAUAUCUCUUUAUUAAUUCACCUAAAACGGCUGUUUUUUAUUAUUUGCCAAAGGUACAUAAAUGUUUGGUUUCUCCACCAGGGAGACCUAUUAUUAGUGGGAUUGGCUCACUUACGAGUAAUAUAUCCCAAUACAUAGAUUUUUAUUUACAAAAAUAUGUUAUUACAACUGGAUCUUAUACUAAGGAUUCAACCCAGAUCAUUAGGGAAUUUGAAGGUCUAGAGUGGGAAGAUGAGUAUCUUUGGGUCACUAUUGAUGUAACAUCUCUAUAUACUGUGAUAGACCAUGAAAAAGGAUUGAAGGCAAUACAUAACAUGUUGUUCAAUGACCCCCAGAUGAAUCCUGAUCAAGCUAUUUUUAUUUUGGAACUUAUUAGGUUCAUUUUAUUUCAUAACUAUUUCUGGUUUGAAGGACAGUAUUACCUACAAAUAUGUGGAACAGCGAUGGGCACCAGGUUCGCACCAAGUUAUGCCAACAUUUUUGUGGCAGAUUGGGAGUGGAAUAAUAUAUGGCAUAACAACCCAUUUGGUGCGAACCUGGUGCAAUGGAGACGUUAUAUAGAUGAUGUUCUGUUUAUCUGGAAAGGGAGUAGAAGUUGCCUUGAUGAGUUCUUAAUGUAUAUUAAUUCCAACAGUUAUGGUCUUAAUUUCACAUCUGAUAUUAAUGAAACAUCUAUCAAUUUUUUAGAUCUAACCUUAUUCAUUAAAGAAGGAAAAGUUUUUAGUAAAACCUUUUUCAAACCUACGGAUGGCAAUGGGUUUAUAGAGUUCUCUAGCUGUCAUCAUCGUAAUUGGUUAACCAAUAUUCCCAAAGGACAGCAUAUGAGGAUUUUUAGAAACUGUACAGAAAAAGAUGAUUUUAGAGAGCAAGUUCAGGUUUUAAAUAAGAAAUUUGCUGAUAGAAAUUACCCUAGUGAACUUCUAUGUAAUACACAAAAGAGGGUAGAAAGUUUACGAAGGAAAGAUCUUUUAAUUGAUAUUCAACGUAAGAGUAAAAAGAAAGUUGACAGUAAUAAGUUCGAAUUCGCUUUUUUAACUAAAUUUAAUAAUAAAGCCAACUUAAUAGAGAAAACGAUCCGUAAAAAUUGGCCUAUUUUAUUACAAGAUAGAUUUUUAAAGAAUAUUUUACCGUAGAGACCCAAGGUAUUAUAUAAGAGGCCUAAUAACCUCAGAAGUAUUUUAGCCCCUAGCAUUUUACCUAAGAAGGAAGUUGACAAAAGUGGUAUCAAUUUUUUAUCCGAAAAACCUAAAGGUUUUUUUAAAUGUGGGAGAUGUACUACGUGUAAGUUUCAGAAAAAUAAGGUAAUAGAAUUCUGUAGUUCAGUAACCAAAGAAACUUUUAAGAUUAAGCACUUUAUUAAUUGUCAAAGUCAAUUUGUUGUUUAUAUGUUACAAUGUAAGUGUGGCGCCCAGUACAUAGGACGCACAAUUAGGAAACUUCAUAUAAGAUUACUUGAACACUUUAACGGGAUUAAAAAUAAGAAUAUGAAACAUAGUGUUCCUAGACAUUGUAAUGAAUGCAAUGUGUUUGAUUUUAAAGAUUUUAUAUGUAUAGGGAUUGAUAAAGUUAUACCACAUUGGAGAGGGGGAGAUACAGAAAAGAUGUUAGCAAAAAGAGAAACCGAAUGGAUUUAUAAAAUGAAAUCAUCUGUUCCCUUGGGUCUUAAUACAGAUUUAGAUAUUUUAUCCUUUAUUGAUUAAAGUUUUAUUUUUUUUUUUUUUUUUUUUUAUGAUGUUUUAAAAGACAAUUUUUUAAAAGACAAUUUUUUAAAAAAAGUUCAACAUUUUCACCUCUGUUAUCUAUGUAUUAUUAUGGAUGUCCCCAUUCUAUUUUUAUGUUUAUGGACAUAAUAUCCUCUUAUAUAUGCAGUAUCUGUUUUUCUACCAUUAUGAUGUAGGAUCUUUAUAUGUGUAACCUGUUUCUUAGAUACUGCAUCUAUUGUAUUUUAUUUAUUUAUUUUUUUUUUAUGUUAAAAAUGAGUGUCAAAAAUGAGUAUUCAAUUUACUUAAGAAUAAAUGUGCUUUAUACUAUUUUUUAUUCCCCUCCUGUUUGAUAUAUUUUUAAAUAUACAAUUUCUCUAUUUGUGCUAUAUGCACCUCUUUUUAUAUUGAUUUUUGGUCUAUAUUAAUAUAUAUACACAUUUUGUGGUUUAUUAAAAUUUUUUUCUUCCCCUCCUCCCUUCUUCCCUUCCCUAUGAAGCAACGUUUAUUUAAUCAUCCGAUAGUCUCAGUAGUAUUAUGAACGUUCUUGUUGUAGGACGUUCAGUUGCUACUAUGUACAUUGAACAAUAAAGUUAUUUGCGUUCCAACGUGGCCGCGCAUGCGCAGUACGUUCACGUGUGCGUCAUGACGUAUGACGGUGCGCGUGACGGGCGCAUGCGUGGUCACGAAAGAACCGGCAGACCGGCGGAUUUAAAAGAGAGAAGAAAGAGGGAAGAUCAAGAAGCUCCUGACGAAGUCUCAAGGACGAAACGCGUUGAGCAGCAUUGGGGACCCUUCUACUUUGGUAUCAGCAGUUUCUGUUUCACAUGAUUUUUUUUGUCUAUGUGACUAGUUGUGGACAUUGUUUAUGUUUACCAGCUUAAAGUGAUGGGAGUUGCACUCUGCACUUUAUAUCAUUGUCUGCACUUUAGCAUUUAGCACUUUUUCAUGUUAUAUAAGAGCUGCUAUACCUAUGGGUCUUUUAGCCUAUUGAGGCUUUUUAUGUGAAUAUAUUUUAUACUAUUUGCACAUUGUUGGUGCACAUUAUUAAAUAAAACAAUAUUAUCUUCAUCUUUUUCGUUUAUUUAUCUGGUGAUUGUGGCGCCCUGUAUAUAUUUUUUCUGUUUCUAUUGGAUGUUUUAAGGUUUGAGUGACCUUUUACAGUGGCUUGCCUGCAUACAGAUAUCACUACACUUCACCCAACCCUGUAUUUGUUCCAUAACUCAAAUGAGUAUGGAGUUUUCAAAUCUCUCUUCUCCUUUGUAUUUGCUGGAAGCAAGUAAAACUCGCCUUCCUAAUGAGGUGCAAAAGGUUUGAUAUGCUCUCUGUAGGCUUUAAGCCAGUGUUGCAUAUUCCAUCAACUCACUUGCAAUCUAUAAAAAAUGGAAAUCACCCCCCAAAAAAACAGGCAAUUUUAUCCCGAUUGAGUUGUGGAUCAAAAUUCAAUACUAACUCUUACUCGUUAACAUGAAAUAUCCACUCUUAUUACAAAGACUGUAAUACUCCUUAAAUUAAGAGAAUUCGACCAAUAACUACUUUUAUCACUUUGUCAGAUCUUACCCUUUUCUUUAGACUGAAAUCGGUAUUUCCAUACAGGAUAGGGUAGGGGAGAUUACGAGCACAUGGAUCGUCUGCCAGUUCCUUUCCUCCUCUAUGCACCAGCGUUUCUUCUGCAUUUCCUGCUUCUUGUUUUGUAGGGGAUAUAUCACCGCUUCACUGUUUUCAGCUGCCCUCAUUCCUAUCAGUGAGGUAGCCGUUCAGAAGCUGCUCCCAAAACCAUGUUGCGGCGUUUCUUAGCUUCUCCUCGCCGAACCUCCUUAACUCUGCCCCUGGAUGCAUACGGGCGCAUCCCUACGUUCCCCCGCACAGAGAGUAGUGCUCUUAACUGCGUGGUGGCUUUUUAAAUAAUUUUUACACUUUCCAGACUGUUUAGCAGAAUUAAUUGGAUCAGAAACAGACCAUACUAGCCUGCAGCUUCCCCUCGUCAGAUAAAAACCAUAAUUAAUGACAGUUUGAUCUAUACUUCCAUGCAAAUCAUCAUCAUUUGGAUAGAGACAUGCAUAAAUCACACAGAUAUGUCUAGUGGGGAAAGUAGAGUUUUACCAUUGUUACCAAAUUGGGAAGUGGGUUUUUAGUUGAGCUGUAUCGGUCUAAAAUGUUAAAUACAUGCUGAACUCCACACAAAAAAAGACCCAGCAUGCCCUCCUCCCAUAAAAUUGUUACAAAACUCCUUUUUCAAAAACUUGCCUCCAUUUCCGUUCAGAGGCUCCGAAGUUGAGGGAAAAAAGUCUAACUGAACCAAAUUUAAUUGACUCCCUUCUUGCAUUGGUGAGAAAUCAGUGUAAGCACUUCACGGAGCAUUUAUUAUUAUUAUUUGAUAUAGAUAUAUAGAUAUUAUAACAUUUUAUGCAAUAUCUAUUAUUUGUGUAGUAUGUCUGUGUUUUAAUUAAUUUUUUUUUGCCCGAUUAUUUCUUUCAGUACUCUAAAUACCACUGUGAAAUAAAAACGGUUAACUCCCCAUCGGUAACUCCAGGAAAGCAAAGUUACACUACAAAGAAACAGGAAAAUAAAGAGAACUUCGAUACCAAAGCACCAAAGUCAGAUAGUCCCUUUUUGCAACCAGCUCCAUGGACACCUUUCUCAAAGAGGAGAGGGGUACUUACCACUCCAAACCAUAAUUCACUGGCUCCACCAAAAGGUAGAUAUUCAGUUGUGCUUCUGGCAAUAAAUGUUUCAUAGCCUGGUAACACGGACACUGUAGGUAACCAGACCACUUCAGCCCAUUAACCAUGCACGUCCAAUUAUUGCAAUUUUUAUAAACUGCAAUAAUUACCUGCUAGGGUUAACUACUCCUUGUGGCUGUCUGACAGACUUCCGGGUUCUUAGGCGACUUUUGAUCGUCUAAACGACACUGGACGUCCUCACGCUAUGCAUGAGGACCCCCAGCAUUGCCGGAAUCCCCAUAGGAAAGCACUGAAUAAUGCUUUCCUAUGGGGAAAUCUUAAUGCGAGCGCAGCCAUUGCCGUCCAUGCGCAUUAGGUCUUCCCCUCUGGCGGCGGUGGGGGAGGAGUGUGGGCGGAACCUGACCCAGCGCAGAAGGACAUCGGUGCUGGAUUCAGGUAAGUGUUUGAAUGGGUUUUAACCCUUUUCAGUGAUGUUGGAUGGGGGGGGCACUCCAGGUUUCUACAGUGCCAGGAAAACGGGUUUGUUUUCCUGGCACUAGAGAAUCCCUUUAACACUUUUUUUGUAAAGUCAUAAGAAUCAUAAACGAGGAAAUAGAUGAUUACAAGGUGUCUCAUUUUUGCCUAUAAUGCAAAGGAGGGGGCUGUGUGUGAUGUUGUUAUAAGGGACGGUGUUAUUGUGGUGUUUUUUUAAUUUGGGUGUUUUUUUGUUCGGGGUUUGUGUGUGUGUGUGUGUGUGUGUGUGUGUGUGUGUGUGUGUGUGUGUGUGUGUGUAUAUAUAUAUAUUAUUUUUUUUUUUUCUCACUGUGCCAAUUUUAAAAGCAAAACCAUAAACCUACAAUAACCACCUGACAUCCAGUGAAGAUAUAAAAUGAUCAGAGGCGAGGAAUUUGUGGCAAUAUUUAAUAAUUAUGCACAAUAUAUUUCUAUCCUGUAUAACUGUUUUUUACAAAAACUAAGCACAAAGAAAAGUGGAAAACAAAUACUAUGUACCAUUUAUAGUUUUGGAUUUCUUCAUUAACGCCUCCACUGCAAAUACUUUUUUUUAUUUAUUUAUUUAUUUAUUUAUUUUUUAUUCUGUCUAUUCUUUUAGUAGAGAAAAGUCCCCAUGUACGAGAAGCACCUUCAAAGAAGCAAGCGGUUACUGCAGAUAUUAUUUCUGUUAUUAGUCCAGAAAGGCGGUAAGUAAAAACCGCCCAAAUGUUGGCAAUUUUAAAAUAUUUCUGAAUUUCAGUCCCGUGUCUAGGCUAAGUUUGUAUUUUUUUUUUAUUUAUCAUUUUACUUUAUUUACAAUAGCAGAUUACACCCACUGAAAUACAUCAAUAGCAUGUCUCUGUUCUGAUCUUGUAAGUAGCUUUAGCAUUCAUGUUUGCUUUUCGUGGCUGAUAAUUACUGGGUUCUAUUUUUUUGCUGGUCUAUGUACAACCUGCCAACUGCAAUACUCCUACUUCUCUUGCUCUCGGUCUGUACUGAUUUACUUUAUAAUGGAGUAGGUCAUCUAUUGUGACAGGCCACAUGUUUGAAUUUUGUUCUUCUAAUGAUUUUAUAAAGAUACUCUAAGCAACAUUAAGCACUCCAACUUAGUGUAGUCGUUAUGUUGCUAUGAGUCUGGGCAUUGCCUCCCUGUCUUUGUCAAUCCCUUUGUGAAAUUGACACUGAUAAUGCACAAAUGUAAAUCAGCAGAGGAGUGGUCAUCCCUAGAAUGCCUGGAAGAUUGGGGACUAUAUUGAUGAUUGGGGACUAUAGCUAAAUAUAUUCACAGUUGCCAGAUUUGUGCUCGCUUUCCUUGUAUAUAAAACUGUUACACUUUUUUAUUUAUUUUUUAUUUUUUUUUAUACACUGGGCAUUUUUGUUCCUUUUUACAUUUUACCAUUGAUUGCAUUGAUAGAAUAGAUAGAAUAAGACAAAUUAGCAAUUGCUAAAAAAAAAAAAGUUCUGAAUAUUUAAAAUUAAAAAAAAUUCAGAAACUCAACCUCAAAAAUUUCCUAUCUCAAAAGGGCAUGCCUUGUCUUCAAUAUAGGAGUACAGUCAGUAGAAUGAACUUCAACAUUCUAGUGUAAAUUAGACUUCGGCAUGGUGGGAUUGUUGUUUAGUGAAUAAGUUCGAUGGAUCUAUCUAUCCUAGACUUAAGAUAAGGCCAGGGACUAAUGAAAGUAUUUAGAGAAUUGGGCAAACUAGAUGGGCUAAACGAUUCUUAUCUGCCAUCAUAUUCUCUAUCUCAAUUUAAUUUGCCCCAAGCAGCACCCUUAGACGUCCCUAUACAUGUUCAGGUGAGGGUAGCCCUCCAGAGAGGUUUUUGUUUUUCUUUUUCUUUUUUCUUUUUUAGUUUUUCCAAAAAAAGUAAUAGUGGGGCUUCUCCUAUUCUUCCCUCUGUUGGUCACUUCUCAAUUGAUCUGUGAAUAAAAUAAACAUUUAAUGGCUAUCCCCUAGCCAGCAUUUACUUUUUAUUUAUUAACUUUUUUGGGGUGCCAUAGUCAGAUUUCAGAAUACCAAAUUCACUAGAUGUUUGAUCAGGUAUAUGUUUGUGUGGCACUUUGGAAUUCAGCCAAAUUCUGUAUCUCCAAAGCCCAUGUACAAGUCUAGUCAAAACAUUGCCUGAUUUUGGCAAUGUUAUUAAAGGAAUGUCCAUUGGGUGGUGCUGCAUAGCAAGGAAAAGCCUUUAAUGCAGGAUUUUAGAAAGGUUGACGGCUUUAAACUUUCACUACUUUUUUGAUAAGUUUAUUUUUUUUCCCUUGUAUCUUUCUUUAUAGGUGUCGUUCUGUGGAAUUGGACUUGAACCAAGCACAUUUAGAUAGUGCGCAAAAAAAGAAAGGAGCAAAGGUUUUUGGAAGUCUAGAAAGAGGACUUGAUAAAAUGAUUACCAUGCUUACUCCAAGCAAACGAAAAGGCUUCACAAGAGAAGGACCCAGAAAAUUGAGGGUAAAAACUUUUUACUUUUUUUUUUUUUUGUCUUAGAAGAAAGGCACCAUGACAACUAUAGCUUAUAGUAGUGGUUAUAGUACUAAGAGGCAAAGAAUCUCCGAUAGUUUAAGUGCGUUAACACUGCAACUAAUUUGCCUUUUAACCCUUUCAUGGGUGCCAGAUUGACCGUGUGUAUUGGUUCAUUUAUUAAUACUGAAUUGAACAGACUUGUCUGUGUCGUUUCCUGUAAGCCAGUGUGGAAAGCCUCUCCUUUUACAGCAAUGCCCAUUCAUAAAAGCAAGAUGUCAGUUUACAUUUCAGCUAUUUUUGCCAAUAAAUUUAAAUUGUCUGGUAAAUAUGUCCAAUUUUUAAGCUUGUUUAUGCUAUUAUUGUAGACCUGAAACUCGCUGAAACCUUUAAAAUAAAUAAAAUCUUGGUCUUGUAAAUAACCCUGCCUGAUGUAGGGGGGGAGCAGAGUGUGUGCAUAGUCACUAGAAAAGUUUAAGAAGCAUAAUUUAUAUUAUAUAUGGUUUUUUUUUUUUUUUCACAUCUUUUCAGGCACAUUACAAUGUGACCACCACAAACCUUCUAAAUGCUGACCAGCUGCUGAACGAGCUAACUAAGAUACUGCCUAUGAAGAAUGUGGACUAUGUGCAGAAAGGGUAAGUAUUUAAAGGGACACUCCACCACUCAAUUGCAGAAAAAACAAUCACUACUUAGUAGAUAUACCCCAAUGAAAACAUGUAUUUAUGCAUUUUUCAUUGGGGAUAUGUCUAAAAACAGUUUGCAAAACUACACUGCGUUAAAAAAAAAAAACGUAACAGGACUGUUUGUCUGACAGUCAGGGGGUGUAACAAGGUUAAUAUAUGUGCUAAUUUCUAUUGCAACUUGCACUUUUUGUACAGUAAUAAAGAAGACUUGCUCUUUAGCAAGCUUUAUGGUCUGGGGAUCACUUUGCCUGUUGCUAUCCAGUGGAAAAAAUAAAAUCUAAAUAAACGUGUAAAGAAAACAUGUCUGUGUGUGUGUGUGUGUAUACCAGGAUAUAGAUUAGAUAUAUUAAUUUCUCUUCUUUUUUUUUUCUUUUUUUUUCAACACCACUUCACAGGUAUAUUUUGAAAUGCAAAACACAGUCUGAUUUUGGCAAGGUAACAAUGCAGUUUGAGUUGGAAGUAUGUCAAGUAAGCAAACCAGAUGUAGUAGGAAUCAGAAGGCAGCGAUUGAAGGGAGAUGCUUGGGUCUACAAGAAACUAGUAGAAGAUAUUCUGUCAAGCUGCAAGGUGUAACUCUUGGCCUUUCAUGUUCAAUGGUGUGACAACAACGUUGCCUAGAACCGCUGUUUCCUGCGCUAUCCUGGAUCUCCUAAUCUUAACUGACAUAAAAGGCACAGUAGAUUGUCAGUCACCAAUCUUGUCAAUAUAUGUAAAUAAACUGUUUUAGCUCUGUCAUGUCUCUUGUAUGCUGAGUCUUUUAAAUGUCUGCAUCCUGUUUGUCACUCCUAAUCAUUGUAAUCACAUAUUUCUGUAAUAAAAUAAUUUUGAAUGUGUUUUCUCACUUAUUGAUGUAUAUUAUAUAAUUUUUUUUUCCCCUUAUCAUUUUUUUUUUUUUUAAUUCGGUAUGUUUGAUCUUGG